UUCCUCUUUAUCACACCAGCUCGAACUAUAAGGACUGCAGAUACCUGGCACAGCAAAGUAAGUAUCAAAUUGCCAGCAUAUGGUGCUUGGACUUCUGUGUAGAGGUCCCUUUUAAUUUGGAGAUAACACAGCACAAUACACAACUAAGGUGAAAAUAGAUGCUGGAAAUCUUAAAGCGGCACUGUCAUGCCGAAUUUAUCUUUCUUUAAUCUAUUCCUGUUCUCUUCCUCUGUCAGGAUCUGUUCUUUAUUUCCUCCUGUCUUCUCUAGUUUUCUUUUAAAAAUAAGACAAGUAGGGACUACUUUGUCUUAUGGAGGUUUCCUACGUCUGCCCAGCUCUGACCAGUGGAGGAGCAAAGUGUGCUUCAUUUCCAGUGGUUAGAGCAAUUUUCCCACAAUUCUCACCUUUUAUCCAUGAUCUCGCGAUACUUCCUGUCAGUAUUCCCGAACGUCCUGUCACUUAGACAGAACGCCGGCAAAACAAUCAAAUUUCGUCCUAACAGAAUGAGAACAGUUUCUCCAUUCGUGUUAGGACGCAAUUUGGGACUUUGUUCGGUUCCGAAUUUAAUUUUGAAUGAAUGAACCUCCGAUCCUAUUCGUGCCAUGGCUGCAUUUUGCUGCCAUUUAGUAGAUAACUCCCUAAUUCCCACAGUAUUAGGGAGCUACCUACCAAAAGGCUAAAAGACCUAAAUUGGUCUUUCAGCCAAAUUUACUAAUACUAAGUAAUGAUUAGCCAGUGGCUGCUCACUGUUAAAACAAAAACCCUAGUGUCCCCCAUUCUGAGCCCCCACCUGCGCCGCGCGAGUGUGGGCUAUUAAACUGAACAGUGUACCUAUUGCCCCCCCGGCCCCCACCCCUGAGCGGCAGGUGGGGGCCCUAAAUAAAAAUGGGGGGAACCUAUUGUCCACCCUGCCCCCCCUGAGCAGUGGUUGGGGGCCAUAAAUGAAAAUGGGGGGCCUAUUGUCCACCCAGCCCCCACCCGCCGCUCGGGGGGGCCCUAAUUAACAAUAAGGUGGGAGACCUAUUGUCCCCUCCCCACCCCUGAGCAGCGAGUGGGGACCCUAAAUAACAAUAUGGGGGGGAAACUAUUGUCCUCCCCCCCCCAGGCCCCCACCACUGAGCGGCGGGUGAGAUCCCUAAAUAAAAAUGGGGGGACCUACUGUCCCCCCCGGCUCCCACCCCUGUGCAGCGGGUGGGGGCCCUAAAUAACAAUAAGGGGGGACCUAUUGUCCUCCCCCCAGGCCUCCACCCAUGAGUGGUGGUGGGAGUCCCCAAGCCCCUAGUCACCCCCCCACCAAAAGAAAAUUAAUAAACCCCUACCUACCCCACUCACCCUAAAAAUAUGUAUGUGGGAACAAUUAAACGAAAUCCCUGUAAAUAAAAAAAUAACUUACCAUUUAAUGUCUUUUUUUUUCUAAAAUCUUAUUUUUUCAGCCUUAGUAUUAGUAAAUUUGGCUGAGAGACCAAUUUAGGUCUUUCAGUCUAGCUCCCUGAUACCGUAGAAAUUAGGGAGUUAUCUACUAAGCGGCUGCAAGAUACAGCCGUGGCACGAAUUGGAUCGGAGUUUCAUUCAUUCAAAUGAAAUUCCAAUCCGAACAAAGUCCCGAAUUGUGUCCUAAAACGACUGGAGAAACUGCGAAUUGUGGGAAAAUUGCUCUGACCACCGGAAACAAAGCACACUUUGCUCCUCCACUGGUCACAGCUGGUCAGGCGUAGGAAACCUCCGUAAGACAAAGUAGUCCCUACUUUGUCGUAUGUUUUAAAGAAAACUAGAGCAGACAGGAAGAAAUGAAGAACAGAUCCUGAGAGAGGGAGAGAAGAGGAAUCGAUUAAAGAAAGAUAAGUUCGGCAUGACAGUUCCACUUUAAGUCACAAUCUAAGGGUGUAAAGUACAAUGACCCCAGAGUAUGUACCUUUUCAAUGACAUCUAUGACCUCUCUUUCCCAAUAGCAUUACUCUGGCCAUGGAUUGCAAAUGUAAGUUCUAUUACCAUGACUUGAGUUAGACUAUUCUAUUUUGCUGAAAAUAACAAUUAUGCAAAUAAAUAUACUUAGAUUAUAAUAAUUUUUACAACUUUACAGGAAAGAAAUGCACAGUAUAAUUAAAUGAGCAUUAAAGUAACGGUUAUGCACAGCGCAUUGGAUUGGGAUGCACACCCAGAGAAGAAUUACCAUUUAAACUUUACUUAAAGGGACACUGAAGUGGUCUGAGUGCCAACUCCCAUCACCCUAAACCCUGCAAGUGUAAUUAUUGCAGUGUUUAUAAACUGCAAUAAUUACCUUGCAGGGCUAAGUCCUCCUCUAGUGGCUGUCUACCAGACAGCCACUAGAGGGACCUCUGGCUUCUUAGACAACUUUAGUCAUCUAAACGACACUAGACGUCCUCACGCUAUGCAUGAGGACCUCCAGCAUCACCGGAUACAAUGCUUUCCUAUAGAGAGGUCUAAUACACGCGAGUGCGCAUUGCCGCACAUGCGCAUUAGGUCUCCCCCGCCGGCUGACGUCGGCGGGGUAGGAGCGUGGCUGGAGCCUGAACCAAUGCUGAGGGACAUCGGCGCUGGAUUCAGGUAGGUGUCUAAAGAGGAUUUAACUCCUUCAGUGACGUGGGAUGGGGGGCGGCAGGGAGGGGGACACUCAGAUUUGUUUUCCUGGCACUAGAGAAUCCAUUUAAAUACUAAAUCCCUUAGCUGCCAGAGGAGUAACUCUACCUCAAGCAGCGUCAUGGGCAAUGUACCCCUUACAUUUUCCUUAGUUGGUGUGCACAGAAAUCUUCUCUAAUCCAAAAUGUUGUGCACACUGAAUAUUUGUGCAAAUGUAAACCCGAAAUUGUUUCUUGAUAAUUUUGGUUAAAUGCAGCAUCUCUCGCCUGGUUAAUAACAUUAUAUUACAGUAUUACUACCUGAUAAUUUAGUAUUAGUAGUUACACAACUGUAUUACUGUAAUGUCAGACAGACAAGCCUCUCUGCUAUUGACCAUUUUGUUUUGUCAUAUAGUCCAUAGAGAGCAAUAGAGGGCAACUGCUCAGGCAAGAGUACAGACAAUUAAAAAAAAAUGUAAGAAACAUUUUCCAGCUUGUUGCCUAUAUAGCUUGCCACAAAGCUUCAGCCUACCUUCACCAAAGUAAAUAGCAAUUUAAUCCAUAAAAAAAUGACUUUUUAUUCAACCAGAAGAUAAUAUUGUUAGCUUGUUGACUGUAUUUGGGCAAACAUGUUAAUUACCCAACUUGGGCAGAAACAGUGAAUGCAGUUAAAUAGUUAUUUAUAAAUAAUAAAUGCUUCUUACACAUAAAUCAAAUUCAGCAGACACAUUAAUAGCAAACAUUAUAUGGAGAGGUGGAGCAGGGCAGGACGGGGAAAGUAAAUCAGCCCUGCAAAAGCAGCCAAUUAAUGCACCGUGCCAGCAUUGUGUGCAGAUAUAGAGGUGAAAAAGAUAACUUAAAAUUAAAAAUUAAAAACUAUUACCCUAAAAGUGAAAGAAAUCACUCAUCGGGCUUCAAAAUAAACAAAAGAGCAAUUUUAUUUUCAGUAGGCGUACAUAUGCAUAUAAUCAGUGUUUCAGUCCAACUAACUUGACAUAUUAAGUAAACUUUGGUAAUAGGACUGAAAUGGGGAAUCUAUGCUGUUGCACAGCUGUAAACAAAACAAUGUUAUCUUAUUUAUUUUAAAGUCCUAUGAGUGUGCUCUUCACUUUGGCUCAGAUCAUCAAACUUUAUGAUCUCAGCCAAUCAAAUACUUUCCCAUUGGACUGUGUGGCAAACACUGUGCAGUGACACACCAACCAGCAUCUCCUUAUAGAGACGCAUUGAAUCAGGAGCAUUCAGCGCAUCCAUCCAUAGCAUGGAGAUGUAGGUGCUUUACACUGCGCAGCACUGGACUAGGAAACACCUCUAGUGGCUGUCUGAAUGUCUGCAGCUAAAGGUGUUCCUAUAUAGCAAUGUAAACACAUUUACAGUAAUCAGCCUGCUCAGACAGGCUAUAGACACCAGAAUCACUACAUUAAACUGUAGAGGUUCUGGUGAUUAUAGUGUCCCUUUAAUCAGAUAUCUUUCUCUCACCUGUUAAUCAACUCUUUUGCAUAGACUCCUGUGCUGAAGAAAUGAGUUACUGGGAGAGCAGGAGACACAGACAGACGCAAUACUCCCCUCCUCCGCAAGAAAAAUGCAUCUUCACUUGUUUCUCUUAACCUCCCUUUUUAAUUUCUUGCUCCCUUUUGUGUUUCUCAUCCCCUCUUUUGAUUGUCUUACCUGCUUUAGUGUAUAUUUUCUCCCAUUUUGUGUGCCUUACACCCUCUUGUGCGUCUCUUACAAUCCCCCUUUGUGUAUCUUUUAUUUCAUUCCAGCCCUUUUGUGGGUCUCUUUUUCCCCUUCUCCCACUGCUCUGUAUGUCUAUUUCCCCCCAGUCUCUUUUGUGUGUCUUUCUCCUCCAAGCCCAUGUCUCUUUCUCCCCUUCCUCAGUUCUUCUGUGUGUCUCUUGUUUGCCUUCCUCAGCCCCUGUGUGUCUCUUGUUCUCCUUUAACAGCCCCAUUGUGUUUACCUUUUCCCCCUUAUCCCCUCCAUAUGUUUUUCCCUCUCUCCAGUCUCUCCAUGUGUCUUAUUUCCCCCUCAGUCCCUCCAUGUGUCUCAUUCACCCCCAGUACCUCCAUACUCAUUUCCGCUCAGCCCUUCAUGUGUCUCAUUCACACCCAGCCUCUUCAUGUGUAUCAUUCCCUCCAGACCCUACAUGUAUCUUAUUCCCCCCAACCCCUCCAUGUGUUUCAUUCACCCUCAGCCCAUCCAUGUGUCCCAUCCCCCCCACCCCUCCAUGUGUCUCAUUCACACGCAACCCCUCCAUGUGUCCUUUUCAGCCCCUGCCCCUUCAUGUGUCUCAUUACCACCCCAGCCCCUCCUUGUGUCUUGUUCCCACCAAGCCCCCCAUAUGCCUCAUUCCCUCCCCAGCCCAUCCUGUACAUUCUUGUAGCAUGACCAAGCUGCAGACCAUACUAGAAGAGCUUCUGUUCCUCUCCCCAGUCUGACAGGAAACUGUUCGGUGCUCACUUAGAGUACUUCCUGUCAGACCAGGUAGGGGGACAGAAGCUCCUCUACCUCGCUGCAUAUGCAUUCAGUGAGCCAGGGCUCCCCUCCUGCCUGUCAGACCAGUACACCCUAGACGGCCAUGCACCAGCCCAAAGUUAUGACGGGCCACUGGGAAAUUUCCUGGUAACCUGGAGGACCAGUAUGCUCGACCAUGCUGCAUACAGUGACUGGCAGGAGGAUAGCACUGGCUCCCCUCCUGCCCGCCAGGCCUAGAUGACCAUGCACCUGCACAAAGUUAUAUCGGCCCACUGAGAAAUUUCCCGGUAUCCUGGAGGGCCAGUCCGACCCUGACGAAGAGAGAUGUCAUGUCACCCAUAGAAUUUGUAAAAGGAGCUCUUUGACCAAUAAAUGGUGAGAAAUACAUUAAUACUUCUUAAAAACAAACAAAAAAUAUUGAUAUGAUGUCCAAAGCACAAAGGAGACACAAACAACCUAAUUAAGCAGACACUGAUAUCAAACAUAAUAUUAGGAAAUGUCACCCAUAGAUUUUUCAAAACAAACUCUUUGCCCACUAAAUACCCAUUGUACAGCGCUACGGAAUUUGUUGGCGCUAUAUAAAUAAUAAAAUAAUAAUAAUAAUAACUAAAUGGUGACAUGUACAUUAAUACUUCUUAAAUACACAGGCACACAAUUUCACUGAUUUGAAACACACAUACUGACAGACGCACACACUCAAUGACAAACACACACUGCCAGAAACACUGACUGACAAACACACUGACACACUCUCAAUUAAUUACAAACAAUCGCAGAUUUGAAACACACACACUGACAGACACUCACUGACAGUGGGGAUCUUCUCCCUGAGGCCCACUGGGAAUUAUCUCCUUGGGGUCCAGUUGCGAUCUUCUCCCUGGGGUGCAGUGAGGAAUUUCUCCCUGGGGUCCAGUGGGGAUUUUCUCGCUGGGGUCCACUGGGGAUUAUCUCCUUGGGGUCCAGUGGGUAAUGGAUCUUCUAGUUUCUCUCUGCUACCUUUCGCGUCCUCAGUAGUGAUGUAGAGGUCAGAGUAAUGUCAUAUUCCAGCUCCUGGCACCACUACAUAGGGUGUGCGAAAGAGCCGAGAAAAACUGGAGACACGCCAGUUUGCCUCCUCCUGCCAGCCUUGUAUAUAUUAGCAGAGUAGGCACCUGCCACAAGCAGGUGCCUACUCUGCCUUGCUGAAUAAGUUUCCACUUUGGAAGUGCUCUAAGGUGGCCUGUGACAGGGCAAAGGCCCACUCCUUGUGGCGCCCCCUACCAUCUGUCAGGUGUUGCAAGGAGCUGUGUGUAAAUCCGGACUACAUAUGCUCUCUCUCAAAAAUACGUAUGUGCGCGCACACCUUAGAGGGAACAGUGGUCAUGGAAUGUCAUCAGCCUGCCUGAAAAAAUAGUUUUCGACUGGCUAAUGUCAAUUCUGUGCAAAGUUUCAUUCACAGUGUGCCAUGAAUGGCGACUGGAUCAGCUUCCAGCUUCUGCAGCUCUGCAGAAUCUGGUAGAAUGUCACUGGAGCCAGAGAGUCCUGCAGGGAGCCAGUUAAGAGGGCAAACCAUUUCUACUCGGUUUGCCCCAUUUCUGGGAACUUGGAAAAAGUACUCCUGGCAUCAUAACCUCUAUAGCGGGCUGUAGUAAUUAUGAUGUUUGGAGUAACCCUUAAAGAACUAACAUGGAAACAAAUCCUAAUAUUAAAACUAAUUCUAUUAUUCGCUAUGGGAGAUAUAAAACAAGGAAUUAUCUGACGCAGUUGGUAGUAUUAUGGAAACAGGUGCUACAGUUAACACACAUUAAUUAUCUACAUGUGGGCAUUACAGCGGAUACAAACCCUAACCGUUUAAAUGGUUUUGGUACUUGCCUAUGCAAAUUUAAAAUAUAACAUGACAUAGAAAAGCUAUGAUGGCGUAAAAUGUGUGUUAAUAAAUUGAAAAACAUUUUUACAUUUCUGAAAAGAAGGUUUGUGUUAAAAGGAAUUAAUUUAAGUUAUAUGUAUUUGUAAUUAUAUGUAUGUGUAAUGCCUCCAUUCUUGCAAAUAUGACUAAUUUUUUGUAUUUUUAGUUACCAUUCGUCAUGUGGCUCCCUCUGCUGGUGGUAGCGCUGGGUUUGAUCAUCCUGUACAGAUGGCAUAGACAGAGCCAAAUACUGCAGAAUCUCUCUGAUAAAUAUGUGCUGAUCACUGGAUGCGACACUGGAUUUGGGAACCUGCUAGCGAGGCAGUUGGAUCAGCGUGGGAUGAUAGUGUUGGCAGCUUGUCUGACAGAGAAAGGGGCUGAGAAUCUGAAGAAAGAGGCUUCCAGCAGACUGCAGACUGUAAUCUUGGAUGUUUCAGAUAGUCAGAGUGUGAGCUCUGCUGCCAAGUGGGUUACUAGUAUUGUAGGAAAUUCAGGUAAAUGAAGACUUUUAUAGUGUACUAAAAUAUAAAUUAGAUUAUUUUUAAAGAAAAAUAUGGAAAGUGAUAUAUGUUCAAAAAUGCCAGUGAUAUGAAGGGACUUCUACUGCAUGAGGGAAGAUGGUGCUGCUAACGUACCCUAUCUAUUGUAGGCAUCUAGAUCCUAGUGGGGAAUCAUUACCCUAGAUUGUAGAAUGGAGUGAGGGAUAGUAACAGUAGGCGAAAACAGUUAUGUUGCCUUCCACCACAUACCAUAGUGCCUAGGUUAUGGAAUGGGAGAUAAAUAUUUAAAAAUAAUAGGUGAAAAAGAUAGCAGAGGACGCCCUAUUCCCUAUAGUGUGGGUUAGUGAAUAUGUGCUUAUGAAUAGAGGAUACCGGGUAUAGGGUCUCUCCCAAGCCCAUUACACAUUGCAAGCAGGUGCCUUUACUUUCUGGGUAAGGGGCAUAGGAGAGAUAUUUUACUGUGACUCCCCUACUAUUUUUACGUGGGAGCAAGCCAUAUGCGGCCAUAUGUAGAUAUAUAGGUGUUGCAGGACUUUCACCCAACACUGUGGCCUCUGUUUUUCUUUGCACUGCAGUACAAGGAAGGGUUAACCGGCCAGCUGCAAAUAGGAUGAGAACAUCAGCCGAGCAAGAGCCUUUUAAAAUAAAGUGUACAUUUGGUGUUUUGUAAAUGCCCUCUAUGUUAUAUUGGAUUAAAUGCAAAAAGUACUGAUUUUAAAAAAAAGACACCAACUGGUUAGAAUUACCAAAUGUACAAACUUUAAUAAUUAUGAGCAUCAUAAAUCCAGUUUCAUUGAGAAUCAUAAAUCUAGUCAUUUUCAAUAAAUUUUGUCAGUCCAGAGAUUUACAGAGUAAUUUACUAAACACCGGAUUUUGACCCGAUGGAUAAGUAUCCGCCGUAAUGGCGGAUCCAGAGCCUGAUCUCGGGAGGGGCACUUGUAGAUUAUUGUAAAUAAUCCAGACACAAUAACCACUACAGCUCAGUGUAGUGGUUAUGGUGUCAAUAGUUUAAGAACAGUUUGACAACUUACCUUGGGUCUGCUGGGAAAAGGGGCUGUAGUAGGGCGUAGGAGCAGUGGUGUGUGUGGAUGGUGCAAUGUGUAAAGGGUGCAGUGUGUGUGUGAGGGGGACAGUAUGUGAGCAGCAUGUGUGUGAGUGAAGGUUGCAGUGUGUGAGUGAGGGUGGCAGUGUAUGUCAGGGGUUCAGUGUGUGUGUGUUGCAGUCAGUAUGUGUGUGUGACAGUUGCAGUGUGCGUGUGUGAGGAUUGCAGUGUAUGUGUGGGACAAUGUGUGUGUGUAUGGGGGGCAGUGUACAUGUAUGUGGGGGGGAGCAAUGUGUGUGCAUGUGAUUAUAAAAAAAGCCCCCCUACCCUUCUUAUCACACACACACACACUGCCCCCAUACAUACAUAUUAAUAAAAAUUUUAAAAAAACAACACAUAUUAUAAAAAAGCCCCCCCUACCCUUCUUAUAUGUGUAGUUUAAAUUUUUUUUUUAAUUAAAACAAAUAUAUAUGUCCCCCCUCCCUUCUUACCUUUACUGGGAGGAGGGGAACAUUGCUCAAUUCCUGGUGGUCCAUGGGGAAUCCCUGGUUGUCCUACUGGUAAGAGUGAACUCUAGCCCGCAGCUCCAGGGCUAGAGUUCACUCUCGCAAGAUCCGGAGCGUUGCCGUGGUCCUAUCUCCCUCCCCUGCCGGCUGCCAGCCCAUGCCUGUGGACCAGGGAGGGAGAUCUCUGAUUUCUCCUCCGGUCUGUGAAGGCACAUUGUAGGACCCGCGCCUGCAUGUGCUGGCAGGGGAGAGGGAGACACUCAGUUUUCUUGGGGGGGGGGUACGUCAAUGCUCACAACACACUAGGCAUUUGGUCUAAACCCCACAUACCCCCUGGCAGUCCGACUUGCAGUGGAAAUGCUCAACCUGAAUCGGCUGGACUAUUCUAACCCUUUCAAACCGUACUGACCCGAACCAUACCGCUCAGUGGAAAUGAGGCAUUAGAGACAACUGUCUCAUUUAAAAGUUGUAGCUUUGAAUGAGACCGUUGCCUCACAAUGUAGGCUGAAAAAAGCAAGUAAAUAUUAUUUUCACACCCACUCCAGGGAGAACACUUAUCUAACCAAUCAGUGGUGUAUCCCUAGGAAUUCUGGAAAAGUGCUUUGGGCAUGCCUAACAGAGUUACAUAUGUGCAGUUGCAAGAUCUCUUCACAUUUCAACAUCCUGCCAGGUGGAGAAGAAUGGGAGUCCGAUCAGUGUGAGUCAUGCAGAGCAGGCUCCAUUGUUGGGGUUCCCUCUCCUGCUGCUGCACAAUGAUGAACUAUUUCUGCCAUUAGUGGACUAAACUGAUGGGAGGAGAGGCUGAAGAAGUUCCAUUAGCUGAGAGGCGUGCCCACCAAAACAAUUUUAUCAAGUUUACAUACUUUUCAAAGUUUUUCUUGCUUUAUUUUGGUUUGUAUAUUUGUUUAAAAGAGUUUCCUUGCUGGUUUAAAAAAUAAUUGGAGAGGAGUCCAUAGAGCAGAUACACAUGUAUAUUAGACGUGCACCAGUGAAAUUUUCGUUUCCUACAAAUGAUUUCGUACUAAAUAAAAAUUUAAUUUGGAAAUCCUGAAUUUCGUCCGCAAACCAUUAGUUCUCGAACUAACACAGCGGCAUGUCGCCUAACCAGUGAGCAGCUGUUUAAAUCCUCCCGCAUGCCCCUACCCGUGGCAUGCCAUGAGAAGGGACAUGUCGCCUAAACAAAUGUAAAAGUACUAGUUAAAGGGCUGCUCAGUCAUUAGUGCAAUAAGGGGGGACAGGUCAAAUCCUCCGCAUGCCCCUACCUGUGCCAGGUCCCCCCAUGAGCAUGUCGCCUAAACAGUGAGCAGCCAGUGGAUAUAAAAAACAGUAUCAUAUGUAGAAGUGAUAGGGAGCUACAGUAAGAGUACAUGUAGUCAAAAGUUAUAGCAAAAAACUAUAACAAUGUUGCAAUAUGAAAAAGUAGCUAUUUACAUCUAAAUAGCUUAUUUUUGCACCUACUCUUACCAUACUCUUUACACUUCUACACAAGAUACAUUCAUAUCCACUUUGAAAUGACAGCGAGCAGCAAGUUUAAAUAUAAAUCAGUAUGGGGGUCACUAUGAACCCCAUAUUGAUAAAAGGGAGGUUAAAUCCUCCCACAUGCCGCGAUUAGGGGCUUGUCGCCUAAACAGCGAGCAGACACUGGUCACUGUCAUUUAAAACUACUAGUCAAAUCAGAUUUGACUUUUUCUGAAAUGUAAUAGUGCUGUCAAACAGAGCAAGUACUGGAAUUGCCAAACUGCAAAAGUUGUGUCUUUUUGAACUACAGAUCUAUAUAGAGAGCACUAUUCCUGUUCUUUUAUAUCCUCUUUAUAUCACUGGAGCAUCAUCCUGAAUACACCACAUGGAUUAUUGGCACAAGGAUAGAAUACCAAAGGAAAUCAAGACCAUCCUGUUAUCCAUAGAUGGGGAAUGUACUGUCUAUACGCUGUGAUCUGGAGCUGACCUUUAGCUCCAGAAAAGUGUGAGUGCAAUAUUUUUCUUUAUAUUUUGCCUCUGCAUUUAUAAACAUACUAGAAUUCCUGUCCCAUUUUGUUUUCUCUUUUAUAUUGGCUCCAUUGGAUUCCACACAAGGAAUUUAUUUGUUAACCAUUGCUUCCCUACAUUUCCUGUUCUAUUUGUAUCUACGACCAGAAAGAAGAGACUCUGGUUUGGGAAGGUUCAGCUGCUGUACAUAUAAGGAACAAACACCAGAAAUCUAAUUUGUUGCUAUAUCUAAGUCUCUACAUUUACCUGUCACAGCACUCUGAUUGGUUGGCUUGAAAUCCAACCAAUCGGUGUGCUGUGUCAUUUUACACAGCGUGACAAAGUUCUUUGGAAUUUUCCAAUGCUGUGUAAUUUGACUCAUAACCCUCUGAUUGGUUGCUUUUCAAAGACAUCAAAUAAGUAAGUAUGAAAUUUUAUUUUACAGGGUUAGUUUAUUGCCCCCGCCCUCACUAUUUUAGGGUGAGGGGGGUAGGUAGGGUAUUUUUAUUGGGGGGGAGUAACUAGGGGCUUGGGGACCCCUAGUCACUUUAUUAUUUGUGGUCCUCACCCGCCGCUUAUGGGUGGGCACCUGGGGGGGACAUUAGGUCCUCCCCAUUAUUUAUUUAAUUAGGGUACCCACUCUCCGCUCAUGGGUGAGGACCAGGGGGUACAUUAGGUUCCCCCUUUAAUGUAUUAGAGUCCCCACCUGUUGCUCAUGUGUUGAGACCUGGGGGGACAUUAGGACCCCCCCUUAUUUAUUUAAUUAGGGUUCCCAUCCGCCGCUCAUGGGUGGGGACCAGGGGGGACAUUAGGUCCCCCUUUACUUUAUUAGGGUCCUCAUCCACCGCUCAUGGGUGGGACCCGGGGGAGACAUUAAGGUCCCCACCUGCCGCUCAUGUGUUGGGAUCAGGAGGCACAUUAAGUCGCCCCCUUUAUAUUAAUAGCCACCAUCCAUGGGUCACGGGUGGGGGGGCACUAUGUCCCACCCAUUUUAGGUAUUUCUGUUCCCCCACCAUGGGAGAACGGGGGGACCUGUUCCAGGUCCCCCCUUAUUGCACUAGAGACUGGGCAGCAAUAGUUUUAAAUUUGUUUAGGCGACAUGUCCCUACUCACGGCAUACCACGAGUAGGGGUAUGUGAGAGGAUUUACCCUCCAUUUAAUUAAUAUGAGGGUCAUAGUGACCCCCAUAGGUUUUAAUGGAGGGGUGGGGGUUGGAAUUAAUAUUUAUUGCAAGGAGGGAGCUGGUAGCGCUGCCUGCUCCCUCCCUGGUAUUUUUUUUUUUUUUCUCCGUGCUGUGGGGGUUAAUUCCCCUGCAGCACGGAGUCUAUUAAUGAAAUGAAAAGGUAAUGCAUUCAGCAUUUGCUCUUUCAUUUUGUUUGUAGGGCGUUAGUUUACGUUUUAGUAAACGAAUAUGAAAAAAAAAAAAAGAAUUUUUAGACAAAAUCAUAUUCGUACGAAAAUGAAUGCACAUAUCUAAUGUAUAUUCUAAAAUGAAAUUACAUACAUAUAUACCAUAACAUAUUCUCUCAAUUAUACAAUGUAUGAUUUAGGAAAAUUCACUCCUAAGGCAAUUUCCUAACCAACUCCAGUGCACUGAGCCUGAAACCUGAAUAUAAAAUAUAUAAAUCUGGUCAGGAACUGUGUAAAUUGCAAAGUACAAGUAGUACAGAUUACAUGUGGAUAUAUGAAGACAUAAAUCACAAACAUAGCAUAAUUCCAUUUUUUGUGAUCAUUUUUAUAUAGUUGAUGGGACUUUACUCGCUCCUCCCUCCGAUUUGCUCAAGUUCUUUUAAGCUUCCAAUUUCGAGAGCUUCUGUUAGUGCGCAUGCGCCAUUACAUAAUACAGUAGUGACUGAUGUGUUUCACCCAGCUUUUGGGGCUUUGUCAAACCUUAUAUCACUAAUUCCUCCUCCUUAGCAUGUGCAUUUUUUAUGUCCUCAUAGUUCCCCUUUUUAUCUGUAAAGUGGAGAUUGCUGCAAGAUUUUAAAGAAAGUAUAAGUUGUGUUAUUUUGCUAUUGCUGUUAUGUGCUUGCAUGAAAAAUCUAUGCAAAUUGGAUAGUUGUUCUGCAAUCAUCAGUUGAAUCAGUUUGUUUGCUGUUUGCUGUGGAGUGAUUAUACACCCAUUGUUGUUUGAUGUUUUUGGGCAUUGUUUGUUUCAUUGUGCACUAACACCUGUGUGGCGGAACCAGCCUCGCCACUGGGUCUUGGAGAAGACUGAUUGCCAGCCUCCUGCCCUGUGACUAUGGCCCCUGAAAUGUAUUGCCCUUUAAGAAACUUAUUUGGGUUUAUUGGAUUUUGAAACACUUUUUCUGCCCCUUUGAAUACAUGGGAAGGUGUGCCCCUCCCCCGUUUCCUGUCUAUUGUUCUCCAGCAGGGCAUUGUCCCAGGAACACUGCCAGACCAGUUGGAACUUGCUGUUUUGCCCCUUCUCUGUCUCUCAUCAGCCCUUGCUAUGGUUUAACCCCAUGGCGAUUUGACUGUGUUCGUGGGAUCUGAGCGCUGUUCAGAUAUAGUGAGCGCUCAGAUCCAAGCUAUCUGGGGAUAUGUUGAAUGUAUAUGUUUUGUGUAGUAAUUGUAACACUGUGUAAUUUUAUGUCUUUUUACUAACAUGUGGCUAAUGGAGUUUUGCCUCUGUCCUUGGAGAUAAUGGCAUUACUUCCCAAUUAUAUCCAGGACAGAGAGGAGGGAUUAUAAUGCAUUGUGGGAGUAUUUAAAUGUGUAAGCUUGUGAUUGGUCAAUAUCCACUGUGUAUCCCAGUCUUCCAUCUGGUCCCCUAGGGGAGUGUCCAACAGGUGGAAGACCUACAUAAAAGCUGGGCAGGUAUCCCCAGUAAAUCAGUUCUACUUCACCCUCAAUUUGGAGUGCCGUCUCUUAUUGGUGGUAUCUGCUACAUUGGAUUGCAAUGCUCUGCAUACUAUCUUGCUAUAUUCACUGCUAAGCUCUUGUAACUGAAGGAGUCUACGUUGGUUAUGGUGUCUGCUAGAGUGCUGGAAACCCUCAGGAAGCGCUAGGAGCAUCCUUCAACGGAGGUACCCAGUCCUGUUUUGCUUGCUGAAGGAGUCUGCGGUGGUUGUGGUGUCUGCUAGAGUGCUGGAAAACAUUAGGAAGCGCUAGGAGCAUCCUUCAAGGGAGGUACCCAGGCGGAGUACCAGGUGAUCCGUUACAACCUGCAUUAUGUGUCGAUAGUUUGGUGAAGGUAAACUUUAUAGUUUACUCAAAGUGUACUGUGGGUAUACAUUUGGUCAUUUGCUAGGAUCUUAUUUGAUUUAUCAUUUUAUACUUGUUAUAGUUAUAGGUAUAUUUGCUUAUUAGUACUAUUUGCACAAUAAUCUAUUUUGUGCACAUUCUGUUUGUAAGUCUGGGAACACAUCAUUUUAUAUUUGAUUAAGAACUAUUUUUGGGGUGAAGGGGCAUGGCUAAGGAGAAAGGCUUAUGGUACAGCAUUCUGCAAAACAUUUACCGUAUAUUUUUAGCGCAAAAACUAUAACGAUUUGAACAUGCAAAAAAUACAGUAGAGUAUUGAUUUCAACCUAUAAAAUGCAUUGUACUGGUGCCUGAAAUUUUCCAAUAAUGAAGAUGUUUAUCUAUAUGAUUAGAAUUAUAUCACCAAAUAAAUCUUUUGUAACAUUCUUGGCUGAGCCAUUGGAAUAUUCUAUUUUAACACUCUUAUUUUAUGUGUUGCAGGGCUUUGGGGUUUAGUGAAUAAUGCUGGUAUUGGGUAUUCAAUGAUUCCCAAUGAGUGGCAGAAAAAGGAAGACUUUGCUAAAGUUCUGGAUGUAAACAUAUUAGGUAUGGUCGAUGUGACUCUGAAUUUGCUGCCUCUUAUCAGAAAAGCUCGAGGGCGCGUUGUUAAUGUUUCCAGUGGUGCUGGGAGACUCGCUACAGUCGGUGGAGGAUACUGCAUCUCAAAAUAUGGAGUUCAAGCGUUCUCUGACACCCUACGGUAAGCAAUCUAAAAUAUUGUAUAUAGUAUAUAAAGAUGCACGGAAAGUAAUUUUCAGUUGGCUUGAAAAUUUUCAGUUUUUGCUUAGUUAUUCUUAUGUCUUUGAGCUUAAUGUCUGCAUUCUUUGCUAAAAGGCAUUGUAGGCACCCAGAUCACUUCAGUUAAUUGAAGUGGUCUGGGUGCAGUCUCCCUAUUGCACUUAGCAUUUACAUUGCGGGCAGCUCUACGUCUGCCCACAGUGGCUGUCUACACAUGGACUUCAGCGUCAGAUUUUCCUCAUAGGAAAGCAUUGAAUAAUGCAUACGCAUUAGGUCUACCCCGCCGGCUGACGUCGGAAGGGGAGGAGUGUGGACGGAGCCUGACCCAGCGCCAAGGGACAUGAGCAUUGGAUUCAGGUAAGUGGCUGAAGGUGUUUUAACCAUUUCAGCCCUGUGAAAGGGGGGUUGCGAGGGAGGGGGGCACUGUAGGGACUUAUAGUGCUAGGAAAACGGGUUUGUUUUCCUGGCACUAUAGGAUCCCUUUAAAGCUUUCACUGGCUUCCUAUAUUCUUUAUACUUUAGAUUCAGAGAAAGCUUUGCAUAUAAACACUAGGAAAUUAGGAUUUAAUUAGGAUUUAAUUUAAUUAGGAUUUAAUUAAAUUUAAAUUAUGUAUAAUACAGGAAGCCAAAGAAAUCAGUAUUGACAUAGGAGCUAGGCUUCAAGCAAUAGCAUAAUCACAAAGACAUAAGAAUUACUGUAGAAACUAGGUGGAAUAUCCCCAUAUUUAUUAUUUAGCAGCUCGGUAGUGCAUUGCAUUUCUUCUCUGCCCUCUACCGUUUGUAUCCGACACUCAGUACUUCAUUACUCGUUCUCCAAAUGAUCCUGAGUGAUUUUCUUUUGGCGACAAAUUUGGUAAUUUAUUGACCGAUAUUUGUUUUCGAACAAAAUUUACUAAAAACAUUUUUUUGUGUGGAUUUUUCAAAUCAUCCCAAAACGAAUGCACAUGUCUAAUAGUAAGCUCAGUGGUGUACCAAAUAUUGGCCUGAAUUUAAUAUUUUUGGAUAAGCUCCUAUAUAAAAAAAAUAUUUUUCACAAGGUUAAAUCAUUUUAAAGCUUAUCCCAAACUAUAAAUCAUAGCUGUUGUUGGUUGACCCAUUCUAAUUUGUGUACUGGGGCCUCCACACUGAUCAUGGUAAUGAGGCUCACUCUGCUAGUUAGUGAGUAUCAGCCACAUAGGAGUUGCUUGUCCUCCCUCUCACGUCACUGCAAGCCACUCAUAUUCCCAACACACAACCCUGAUGUCACAGAAUCACCUGUAGGGCUCUAUGUUAUGAGAGCUUACUUGCUGUACCGUGCUGUGAAAAAGCACUGGUGGAGAUGAUCACAAGCAAGCACAGGUCUCAACUAACUCUUGUCUAUGGAGCAAUUGAUUGAAAUGUUUUUAAAAUACAUUUAUUUUGCUCAUUGCAGAAGAGAAAUGCUGGAUUUUGGAGUCAAAGUUGCCAUCAUAGAGCCUGGUGCUUUCGCAUCUCCACUGUGUUCAUAUGAUCCACAUUUCAAGGCAGCAAAAUCUUUUUGGGAGAGAGUUCCUGUUGAGAUAAAGGAGUCCUAUGGAGAGAAUUAUUUCCAACAAUGUAAGACUGUAUGCUUGUUUGCCCUUACCUAGAAGCAAAAUAAAACAUAGUGUAAGAUAGGUAAAAAAGAAAAAGAAAACCAGUGAAAAACAAAACUGUAGAUUUUACAUGAAAAAUUAUAUUGCAAAAGGAUAUUGCAGUAAACUGAUGUGUAUAAUAAUUUUUAUUUUUAAUCAUCGCACAGUUGAAAAGCCUGUAUAUGAAAAUAAAGCACACUGAAACAAUAUCAGCUGUACAAUAUUGUACCAGCUUUACUCAUGGAUGAGACAGUAAGGGACAGAUAAAAGUUAAAAAAAAUUCCCAGGAACCCCUAUGAAAUUCACUCUAAAUCAAGAGACGUAUGCACAUGAACAAUACAGCUUCUCCUUAUCAAUUAAAUUGAAAUAUUGAAUAAAUUAACAUUCAUUGACUAACAUGGGUUCAGGAAGAGAAAAGUGCCCAACAAUGCCCAAAGUCAUCAUACCAUUCCCAUAUAAAGUGCUUCCUACAUUUAGUAGCAUACUAAGGUUGACAGAGCAGGAGGUAUGCCCUGUGUGACAGAUGAGACAGGUGCACAUGGCAUCCUAGAACCACCUGCCACUCUUUUUAGCAUGGCCGCACAGGAUCUGGAUAGAAGAUUAAUUAUCCUUUACCCAGGUCUAGCAUGGAGGAAACUGCCUCACUAUUACAGGCAGCAGGUACAGAGUUAUUUGGCACCAGCAUAUGCUGCCUGUUAACUGCAUGUUUAUGGAAAAUCGUGAAGGAGUUGCUGCCUCCCAAACCACCAGACAGUGGGACUACAUUGCCUCUGACUCCUUAUCUUCCGGUGCUUGUAAGGGUAAGAAGGACAUUUGAUCAAUAUGUGCCUGUUUAUGAUUGUUACUGUGUGACUGUGAAUGUGAUGGUGUGCCUGUAACUGUGUGUGUGUGACUGUGUGUCUGUAACUGUGUGUAUGACUUUGUUCCUGUGAUUGUGUGUGACUAUGUGUCUAUAACUGUGUGCAUGUGAAUGUUCAUCGAAUUGUGUGACAGUGUAUGCAACUGUGUGCAUUUUAAUGAAUUACUAUGCAUAUAGCUGUGACUGUGUGUCUGUGUUGAUGUGCCUGUUUAUUUGACUGUAUGUACUGUGUUCCUAUGUUUCUGUGACUGAGAUUAUUCAUAGCAGUGUGUACAUGACAGUGUAUGUGUGUGAUUAUGUGCAUCUCUGUAUAUGUAUUUAACUGCAUAUCUAUGUAUAUGUGUAUAAAAUGACUGUGUGUGUGUAUAGUUGAUUAUGUAUGUUGUGGCGGUGUGUGCUGGGGUCUGCCCAUGUAUGUGACUGUGCAUGUGUUUGUGAAUGCAAGCGUGCCCAUGUUUGUAUGUGAGUUCAUGCAUGUGAGGGGUGCUGAGUGUGAGGGGUGCUGUGUGUGUGUGUGUGUGUGAGGGGUGCUGCGUGUGUGGGGUGCUGGGUGUGUGUUUCAUGCUGUGUGUUUGUGUGGGGUGCUGUGUGUGUGUGUGUGUGUGGGCGGGGUGCUGUGUGUGUUUCAGAGUUUUAAAAUAAUAUUAAACAUUAAUAAAAUCUUAAUCCCCCCACCCUUCUUCUUACCUUUGUUUGGUCCAGUGGUGGUAAGUUCUAUAUAGCCUGCAGCACGUGUGGCUGCAGGCUGUCUCCUGUCCUCCCGCACACAUAAUGCUGUGUCGGAGCAUUGCCAUGGCAACAUGCAGCAACGCUCCACACAGCCUGGUCCCGGGAGGAGCAAUCUGCCUCCCAGGUCCUCCCUCUCUGGCAGCCCUGGGUCCUACCUCACUCCCUCAUUCUCUCUAUUACCAAAUGAAGGGCCUUUGGGCCAAUGAGGGAGACCUCUGAUUGGCAAGAAAACAGGGCCGUCUCUCCAUGGACCGGCAGGGGAGAUUAAAGGAUCUGCCCUGUCAGCCUGAGAACAUGGGCAACACUGCGGGGCGCCCAUGCUGAAAGACGGCCCUGCACAUGGGUGAAGCUUAAAGCAAGCUAGGACUGCAUAAACAAAGUGAUUUAACCCCUAAAUGGCAGAGAAUUGAGCAGUUAGACUGCAUGGGCAUGGUCUUUACACAAAAACUGCUUAAUUAAAGGACCACUAUAGUGCCCUGAGGGUGCUCCCACCUUCAGGAACCCCCUCCCGCCGGGCUCUGGGGAGGGGAAAGGGUUAAACUUACCUCUUUCUCCAGCGCCGGGCGGGGAGCUCUCCUCCUCCUCUCCGCCUCCUCCUCGGCUGAAUGCGCAUGCGUGCAUUCAGCCAGUCUCAUAGGAAAGCAUUCAUAAUGCUUUCCUAUGGACGCUUGCGUCUUCUCACUGUGAUUUUCACAGUGAGAAGCACGCAAACGCCUCUAGCGGCUGUCAAUGAGACAGCCACUAGAGGCUUUAGAGGCUGGAUUAACCUAUUUAUAAACAUAGCAGUUUCUCUGAAACUGCUAUGUUUAUAAAAAAAAAAGGGUUAACCCUAGCUGGACCAGGCACCCAGACCACUUCAUUAAGCUGAAGUGGUCUGGGUGCCUAUAGUGGUCCUUUAAGCUAAAGUUUUUGGGUGAAUAUAGUGUCCCUUUAAGGAUAAUUGUAAAAAGUCUCUUUGCGCUAAAAUAACGGUUCUGGUGCUAAGAAUGUCCCUUUAAAUACUAUACUGCUUAAUUUUUAUAGCAAAUGUGUACCUCUAUGUAGGAAUAGAAAGUUCCAAACAUCUUGCAUAUGUGUUUCUGCAUUAUUAGUAUCAAUAUGGCUAUAAUGUCAGAAUUAAUAUUUACUAUUGUCUCUGAAGAGUAUGUAUGUAUAUAUAUAUAUAUAUAUAUAUAUGUAAUGGACCGUUUUGCUCAAAAGAGGUUAAAAACCGUUUAGGAGAUAUUCCCCUUUUUCAGCUGCACUGACAGCUACUGCAAGCACCAAUCUCCUGAACUACAAACCCACAAAUUCACCAACUCCCAAACUGGAGAGACACGAAUAGCUGCUAGCAGACGAACAGGAAAAGCCCCCAAGCGGCUUACACUCCUGGCAAUCAAACUGGAACAACAUACAAUAAAUCCUCCCCCAAUAAUGAGACGACACUUCACUUUGAGGGUUAAGCAGGAACUCAUUUACUGGGGCUAACUGCCCGGCUUUUAUGCAGGUCUCCCACCUGGUGGACACUCCCCUAGGGGACCAAAUGGGAGACUGGGACACAAAGGGUAAAAGGACCAAUCACAGACUUACACAUUUCAACCAUCCCACAAUGCAUCACAAUCCCUCCUCUCUGCUCUGGAGAUAAUUGAGAAGUAAUUCAAUUAUCUCCAAAGACAGAGGCAAAACUCCAUUAACCACAUGGCAGAAAACAAACAGUAAAAGACAUAAAAUUGCCUACAGUUACAUUCAGUACAUAAAACAUAAACGUUCUACAUAUCCCCAGAUAGCUCAGGUCUGAGCGCACAUUAUUAAGCGAAUGGCGCUCAGACCACAUGAAUACAGUUUAAACGCCAUGGAGCCAAAGUCUUUACACAGUCAGUUUCAUGCGAAUGGGCUCCAUGGGAUUCCUAUCUGAGGUACAACACACUCAAACAAAUCUACCGAACACCCGGCAGAAAAGCACAAAUAAGUCUUUUCUGCAGGGAAAAAGAUGUCUUUUAACAUGGGGCAGCAAGCGAGCAACCAGGCUUCUCCAGUGUACAGUGGCGAGGUUGGUUUCGCCACAAUAUAUAUAUAAUUGUCCAAUGCUUGCACUCCAGUAAAAUUAUUUAUAUAGCCCGGUGCUUGUCAGCAAUAAUAAUAGAUAUAAAAUAGGAAAAGCACUCCAUGGACUUCAUUGAAAAAGUGAAAAAAUAAACUUAACUUUAAUUCAGCAACUGCCACGAGUGAUCAACGUUUCAGUCCUAUGUCAGGACUUUCGUCAGGAUCUAUAUAUGUAUAACAUUUAGACGUUUCUAGUACCACUGUUUUGCCAUUAAAGUAUAAGGUCACUUGCCAUGUUAAGACAAAUCCAUACUUCCCAACAUUGGUAGUCCGAUAAUCAGGACGCUGGUGAAAUAGGGGUAAAGGGGGUGGGGCAGAGAUGUGAUUGCAUCACUGGCUCCACCCAAAAGGAGACAGACUUGCACACACACAAAAAAAGAGGCAGACCUACCCAGAAAGAAAGCGUGCGUGCCCACAUUACUGGCAGGUCAGCUUGAAGUGAAUAUACACCCAGCUUCCUGCCAAUCAUUUCAGUUGACCCACUGAGGGCUGAUUCUUUAGGGAGCACUUUUUAAGUGUAUCAUGCAAGGUCCUAGAUCCCUGAACAUAGCGCAAGCGCAACUUAUGAUGUGUUUGUGUUAUGAUUGUUGAGGACAGUUCCCUCUUGUCCCCGAAAGCAGGACACCAGGAAACUAUGGGACAAAGUUGGGACAGGACCGGAAAAUCGUGAGUAUAGCACCAAAAUCAGGACUUUUGGGAGGCAUGCAAAUCUCUUGAGGUUAGUCCUACACUAACAUAUCUUCUAGGGAUGUCACUGUGUUACAGCCUUAGGAGGUAAAGUCAUAUUCCAGGUAAGCGUCUAGAACAGCGUUUCCCAAUUAGUGUUUAGGGUUCAGCAGAAAACUAAUUGGGGUUCCGCCAAAAAAUUUGAAAAAAAAAUGGCCGCAGGCGGCAAGGGAGCAGUGAGCAGUGAUCUCCCCGCUCAGCUCCCUUUUGCGCACAGCAGUGAUGCUGCAGCCGGAAUAUGACGUCACUCAGGCUCCGGCAUCACUAGGAGGUGCGCAAGGUAGCUGAGCAGGGAAAGCACAGCUCACUGCUCCCUCGCCGCCCGACUCCACCGCUCACCUGUCUGCCAGACCUCCCGACUGACAAGCUGCAGCCAGCCCCACUGGACCGCAGGGACUUCAUGCCAGCAGCCCGACUGGACCCCAGGGACUCUAUUCCAGCACUCCUAAAGGUAGGGGCUGGGUGGAGUAAAAUGUAAAAAAAAAAAAUUGUGUGUGUGUCUGUUAGGGAGUUUGUAUGUGUUUGUGUGUCAGUGAGAGUGAAUGUGUGCUUGUCAGUGAGUGUAUGUGUUUGUCAGUGAGAAUGUAUCUGUUCUUGUCAAUGAGAGUGUAUGUGUUUGUAUGUGUCUGUAAAAGAGUGUGCGUUUGUCAGUGAGAGUGUAUGUGUGUCUGUAAAAGAGUGUGUGUUUGUCAGUGAGAGUGUAUGUGUGUAUGUCAGUGAGCGUGUAUGUGUGCAUGUCAAACAGUGUGUGUGUCUGUCAAAGAGUGUGUGUGUCAGUGUGUGUAUCUGUGUCAAGGUUUGUGUAUGUGUCACUGUGUGCAUCUAAGUGUGUGUGUGUGUAUGUGCCAGUAUGUAUCAGUGUCUUUAUAUGUCCCUGUGUGUGUGUGUAUCUGAGUGUGUCCGUGUGCAUCUGUGGGUGCAAGUGUGUGUAUGUCACUGUGUGUAUCUGAGUGUGUGUGUGUGUAUUUGUGAGUCAAGGUGUGUGUAUCUGUGUGUCAGUGUGUAUCUGUGUGCCAGUGUGUGUGUAUAUCUGUGUGUCAGAUACAUAUACACACUGACACAGAGAUACACACACUGGCGCAUACAAACAUAGAUAUACACACCUUGACACACACCGGCACAUACAAACACAGAUACACACACCUUGACACACAGAUACAUAAAUAAAAAAGAUACACACUGUGUGUCAAGGUGUGUGUAUCUGUGUGCCACUAUCUGCCAGGGUGUGUAUCUGUGUGUCAGAUUCAUACACACAGACACAUACAAACACAGAUACACAGACUUUGAAACAGACGCACACACCUUGACACACAGAUACAUACAUAUAUACACUUACACAGAUACACACUGUGUGUCAAGGUGUGUGUAUAUGUGUCAGUGUGUUUAUCUGUGUGCCACUAUCUGCCAGUGUGUAUCUGUGUGUCAGAUUCAUACACACUGGCACAUACAAACACAAAUACACAUACCUUGACACACAGAUCCCCACACCUUGACACACAGAUAGAUACAUACACACACACACACACACACACACACACACAGAUACACACUGUUGAUGUUGAUACACCGUGUGCUGUUUUACACCCAAACAGUAACCACUAGGCUUCUGUACUGAUGGGGGUGAUGUAAUUAUACAGGGGAUGAGUGUCAUCGCAGGAAAAUAAGCACAGAUUUGGUUUUCCUUCCUUUAGAGGAACACCAGCAGACUGAUGUGUGUAGCAAAGGGGUUGAUACAGAUUGUAAAGCAUGAUUAUGUAUUUAUGUUAGGUUUAAUGAAUAUCUCUAGGGCUUCCAUUUGUAAAAAAAAACAAACAUAAUUUCUUUAUAAUUUUACAUGUUCACAGAUGUUCAGUGUUUGAAAUAUCUAAUAGAGACAAGCAGUCCCCAGAUGAGAAAAGUCACAGACUGCAUGGAACACGCACUGACUGCCGUCUACCCCUGGACCCGAUACUCUCCUGGUUGGGACUGCAAGUUCUACUACAUUCCUGUUUCUUACCUUCCCACUGCCCUUUCUGACUAUCUAUUAUGCCGGUCAGCACCCAAACCAGCUCAAGGAGUAAAGUAGCCAUUCACAUUUUCUUUAUAAACUAUACAUUUAGCUACAUCUAUUUUUAAUGAAAAAUAUGCAACAUUAUCCACAGUUAUACUCCCUGCCAGGCAUUGCUUAAGUGUGUAUCAAAAUUAAAAUAAUAAAAAAAACAAAAAAACAAGUGUCUCUUAUAUUCUGUAAUGGGUUACAGUUUUGCACGUCUCCACCUUUGUGAUUGGUGGCUGCAGAAGCUUUUAUUGAAAUCAUCCAUGUAUGUGAAAAAAACAUUUUUAUUUUUUAUUUUUAUAAUCUGUCCUGUUUCAGAAGAUUUUGCACAUGCCAAUUUCCUUUAAAAAUGAAUUUACACUCAAUUGUCAUUUGGACAACGGAGCCAAUGAAUAGAGGCAAACUAUUGGCCUCCUGUAGCACCAGGUAGUGGGGUUACAGUGCAUAAAGGGGUCUGGAGCAAGAAGACAACUUGGAAGUAGCAGACACAGAUCCCAGCAGCUCCUUGUCCCUGCCCAAGGUAAGUGUGUAAUAUUUUUGAAGUAUUCUUUCUGUUCCUCAAUAGCGCCCGCCUUUCUGCCUGGUGUCAGAUUAAGCAAGAGACUUAAAACAAUUAAAUAUAUAUAUAUGUAUAUAAAAACAGGAAAAUAAAUAAAGCUUAGCUGCACUCACAGUCUUGUAAAUGGGUGAUUGCCUUUAUUAAAUAAUCAUAAUGUCCAGUAAAAUCAAGGCAAGCUUUUAGUCCAUAACAGGGACUUUCAUCUGGAUCAAGAUUAAAAAUAGCAAGUAUAUAUCACAAAUAUAAAGCUUAGAAAAAAUUGGUAAAUUAAUUUACCCCAGGUGCUGAGUGUGUGUGAACUAGCAUCCCCCUGUGGCGAGUGCGCAAGUAUGUGAGUUGCUCCGCCUGCACGCGAUGAUACAGAGCAUGCGUGAUAACAUCAUACGCUUCUGUUGUCAUGGCGACGCAGCAACAGUUUAUUUGUUGCUAUAGGGACUAAAUGAGCCAAAUUAAACCAAAUAUACUGUUACCUAAACAGCAAGCGGGGGUUGAUAAGUGCUAAUAAGGAUAGGAAUGAGCUAAAAGAUAUGAGUGUAAAAGUAAAUUUUCUGAAAAGUUUCAUUAAAGUUCUAAUGUUGUGAUUAAAGUGCCACUUAAUGAAAAGUGCUUAGGAAGCCAUGACAACGGAAGCGUAUGACGUCUUCACACAUGCUUUGUGUCAUUGCUCCUACUACUCAUUGCAUGGUGUACACAGAGCUGCUCAGUGAUCACCAUGUGUGCUUAGUACUUGGCUCUGUAGUUGAAGUCUAAAACAUUCAACCCAUCAGUGAUUAAAAGGAACACUCCAAGCACUAUAACCACUACAGCUUGCUGGUUUGACUUCUUACUUGGGGUCUGUAGGGAACUGAUUAUACUACAGCUACAGGAGAGCUGGAGCCGGAGCCGGAGCUUCUUUUAACUCUUCUGAGCAGAACAUGGCUAGCUCAUUGACUACAGCAAGUGUGUUACAUCAAGUGUGUGUGUAAGAGUUAGUGUGUGUGUGUUAGAGCCAGUUUGUGUGUGUUAGAGCCAGUGUGUGUGUGUAAGAGACUGUGUGAUUUUGUGUGUGUGUGUGUGUGUGUAUAAGCAGUGUGUGUGUAAGAGUUAGUGUGUGUGUUUUAGAGCCUGUGUGUGUGUGUGUGUGUGUGUGUGUGUGUCUGCAUAAGCAGUGUGUGUAUUAGAGCCAGGGUGUGUAAGAGAUAGUGUGUGUGUGUGUGUGUGUGUGUGUGUGUGUGUGUGUGUAUGUAAGAGUCAGUGUGCAUGUGUAAGAGUCAGUUUGUGUUUAUGUAUAAGCUGUGUGUGUGAGAGACUCCAAAAUUAGGAUGAAGACACAAAAACAUAAAAACAAUGCCAAACAGGGGAUACAAUAUACAAAAAGGAAUAAGAAAAAAGUGUCAAGAUACACAAAAGGGGCAAAAGAAUGGGUAAGAGGGGGAAAAAGGGAGGAUAUUAGACAGACAGGUGAAGACAAUUUUUUGGGGCAGCAAAAUGUGUACACAGAAGUCCUUGCACCAGCCCUGUCUGUGUGGGACUGUUUGUGUGUUUCUGUGUGUGGUAAUUUACAUCUGUAUGUGUGCAUGGCAAUAUGUGUGUAAAUGUGAAUAUGCGCCUGCAUGCAAACACCAACAUUACACACAAACAUGGCAAUGCUCAUCAUGACAUGCAGACCGGACUCGCAAGAGUUGGAAAGAGGAGUUGCCAGAAGCUGAAGAUCAUGUUGGCUGGGCCCCAUCUUCACUAGACAGCACCUGGCAGCAGGCACACUGCCACCAGACCACAGGGAGUGUGUAGCAGCGCUUUGGCAUCAACAAAGAACGGAGAAGAGAGCUUCUGAUGGGUGCAGUAUUUUAUUCUUUGCAUAGAAGUGUGUAGGAAUGCACUGAACACCACCAACGUCAAUAUCUUUAGUACCAUAAGCACCGUGAGAACUGUAAAUUAGCAUGGGAUACAAAAUCCAAUUGUUUACAGAGUUUCACUGGAAGGAUUACAAACAGGAUUAUAAUGUAGAGUUCAGAUAGCUGCUUACUUCGAUAUUACAUUAAACAUCUGAGGAAUACAAAUUAAAUACAGGGAUUUUGGCUAUUUUUUUGUUUUUUUAAUUCUUUAUUUUAACAGUGCAUGGUAGUACAUACAAGCUUGCAAUGCCACCAUAGCAGUCAUAGGGCAUUGAGUAAAUACUGUGCUUUUUUUUUGUUAUUUUUAUUUUGUUGUGCUGCAACUGUGCUAGAAACUGUAUUGCAGCGGUUGGGACAGGGGUGGAAUGCACAGUGGUAACAGUGUAGGUUUAGAUUGAGAUUAUUGAGAGUGUAAUAGAGAAAACUAAAAGUGAGAUGGAGCAACAGCUCCUCACAGGGCCGUUUGAAGGAAUUUGGGGGCCUCAAGCAAAAUGGACAUGGAGGCCUCCCCAACACCCCCCCAACACACACACGCAAAGCCUACAAGAACCACAGCAUAGCCAUACAGUUUAAGUUCACUUACUCCUUCCCCCUCCCUAUGUUCUUCUUACUGCCCCCCCCAUGUUCUUCUUACUACCCCAUGUUCUUCUUACUCCUCCCCACCUCCCCCUCCCUAUGUUCUUCUUAAUGUCCCCAUGUUAUUACUCCUCCCCCUCUCCCUAUGUUCUUCUUACUACUCCCCCCUCCCAAUGUUCUUCUUACUACCCCAUGUUCUUCUUACUCCCCUCCCCCGUGUCCUUCUUACUCCCCACUCCCCCUCCCUGUGGUCCCCCCUUCCCAUCCCGGUGUCCUUCUUACUCCCCCUUCCCCUACCUAUACCACUGAGACACUCCAAGGUCCAAUAUCCCACUAAGACAUUCUAAGGUCCAAUCCACUAUACCACUUAAGACACUUCAAGGUCCACACUCCAAGAGACACUCCAAUAUACCACUGAGACAUUCUAAAGUCCAAUUUACCACUUACACACUCCAAGAUCCAAUAUACCAUUAAGACACUUAAAGGUCCGAUAUACCAUUGAGUCACUUCUUAUUCCCCUCCCUGUGUCCUUCUUACUUCCCUCCCUGUGUCCUUCUUACCCCCCUCCCUGUGUCCUUCUUACUCCCCCCUGUCCUUCUUACUCCCCUCCCCAUGUUCUUUUUACUCCCCCCAUGUUUUUUUACUCCCUCCCCCUCCCUAUGUUUUUUUACUCCCCCUAUGUUUUCUUUACUCCCUCCCUCCCCCUCCCCAUGUUUUUUUUACUCCCCCCUCCCUUUGUUCUUCUCACCUCCCCUUCCCUGUACCGUGGCCGAGCUCCUCUUCCUCCUGGCUGUCAGUCCGCACUUCCUGUCAGUCCGGCCGGAAACAGGAAACUGAAUCUCCUGUAAGAGGAGCUCGGCCAUGCUACAAGGAAGGGGAGGGCGGAGAUGACGAGAGAGGAGUGCUGCAGCCGCCUGAGGCUCUCUAUAGAGCGCUCAGGCAGCUGCAGCCUUAUAGGAUGCGCCGGCCCUGCUUGGGGCCCAGGGCCAGCUCGGGGCCCCAAGCAAUUGCUUGGUUUGCCUGCCCGCUAGCGAUGGGCCUGGCUCCUCAAGAGCAAUUACAGUAUUGGGAUCCAAGGUGGGAGCUGGGGGAGGUGAGGUGGUAUUAUCAGAGCUAUGUUAUGCGGGAAAAGUCCUGGUCUCGGUCCCAAGUUGUGGUUGUGGGUGCAGCUGUGGUAGAAGGCAUUGGGCUUAGGCCUAGUGUAGCCAGUACGGUGUCAAUCUCCGCUAUGUCUGUCACUCUGUUUUCCUUGUCCUGGUGGUGGACUAUUAGUUGAUGUGGCGAACCUCAUCUGUAUAUCACCCCUUUAGUGGCGAGGAUUGAUGUCAGGGGUCGUAGAGACUGACUUUCUCCAUUGUAGGGUCGUGCGUGAUAAAUCUGAGAAAAAGAUGAGUACCAUAUUUUCAAAUCGGUAAGGAGCUUUCCACCUGGUGGCUGUCAUGAAGGUGGUCUUGUCUUCCUCAUUUUGAAAUUUAAUUAAAAGGUCCCUCGUGGGUAUACUGUUGGUCUGCUGUGGUUUGGGCAGGCGAAACAUGCCGUCAAGCUGCAUUCCCUUGGCUUGCCGUGGAGGAACUAGGGCUGCAAAUAGCCUUAGAGAAAAUGUGGCAAUGCUGCAGAGGUCACUUUAGUCUGAGACGCCUCUAAUUUUUUACAUGUUUCCACCGUGGUUUGUCUUCCAAGGCAUUUAUUUGGUGGGAUAAAAAAAAAAAAGAAAAAGGUCAACGCUAAUAAAAUUGAAGGUAGGCCGCGGACCAACAGAAGGUAACCCUCAAACCCUCUGAGGAGUGAACAUGUAACACAAAGAAAUACAGGAAAAGGGCUGCGCCAAUAGUUAAAUAGAUAAUAUAUAAUAUAUGCUCCACAAUUGGCGUAGGUCGCAAUGCAGGAGAUAAUGGUAUACAAAUGGACAUCUAAGUGGGUAUUGGAAACCAUCCACCUAUAGGUCUAGGCUACCCAGUACAUCUACCUCCUAGAUCCACCUUUGUCCACUGGUUUUAUGAUAAUGUCCUUGUCUUUCUGAAGUUGUUUUAGAACCCUUUUUUCUUGGGGAUUUAAAUUAUAAUAGUCCGACUUAUGCCUUUUAAUGUCAUUAAAAUCUUUUAAAAUAAGUUUUUCAAAAACUUCAAUUGGUCCUGAUCUAAAACUGGAAGGAUAGAAUUUAGAAUUUGCUUUAAGAUAGGUAGAGAUAAAUGUUGGUUCUUGGGUUGGAAAAGUGUGAGGGGUAUUUGUGAUAGGUUGAGUCUUUUUCACAAAAUAAUCUUUUUAAAUUGGCUUAUCUGGUAAAUUUAUAAAUGUCCAGGAAGGGUUGAAAGUGUUUGAAAGGUUUGAUCGUCCCAUUGUUUCUGGUAUACACUCCGUUUUAUCCAAUUUAUCAGAAUAUCUAGAUAUUUUAUUACAGCCUGCAGUUAAAAAUAUGAAAUCGUAUGUAAAAGACUCUUUGUCCUGAAACAGAUAUUAAUUUACCCGGAGAUAUGUCCAAAUUGACACUUUUAUUACGAGCUGCUAGUAGAAAUCAGAUCAAACCAGACAGUUUUGAUUCAAAGAUUACUUCCCGUUUUAUUUCAUAAACUUACAGAUUUUAUAGUACUUUGUAAAAACAGCUUUGUGACUUGCGCGACAAAAACUGGAUGGGUAAAGUCACACUUCCAUAAAAGGAAUUUACAGAAUUAAGCAUAUUUCAAUGGUUAUAUAUAUAUAAAAACAUUAGGACAUAAGAAGGGGGUUAAGGGGAAAGCUGCAAUCGUCUCCUCAGAAACCACAGAAUGUCACAAGUCAUGAUUUUAUGCUUACUUGUUCCUAUUUGUCAGACACUCAAAACUAGACUAAAAGUUAAAAAGCAUAACAUGAAAGUAAAAACAGACUGGAUAUCUGGUCAUCUUAGUGGCUUGAGCCUGGAGUCAAGGUAUCUUCCAUUAUAAUUCUAUUACAGUUUUUAAAUAGUUUUAUCUGGCAAUCAAAUUAUAUCCUGGUGACCUGUUAUGUACAAUCCCUUUAUACCAUUAUUCCCCACCAUAUGGGAUAUGAAGCAGUCACCAGGAUAUUGAAAGAAGAAAAUAAGAUUCCUAAUUCCCAAAUUUAUUUUAUUAUAGAAGGUAUUGAGAUUAUUUUAAAUAAUAAUGAUUUUUGGUUUUUAGAUAGCUUUUAUCUUCAGAAGCAAGGCACUGCUAUGGGGACUAGGUUUGCCCCAAGCUAUGCAAAUCUAUUCAUGACAGAUUGGGAGACACAAGCUAUUUGGAGUGACCAUGCUUGGAAGGCAAACCUAGUCUCAUAUUUCUGUUAUAUUGAUGACUUAUGUUUUAUCUGGGAUGGGUCGGCGGAAUCUCUUAAUAUUUUUUAAACCGCCUUAAUAAUAAUGAUAAAGGAAUUGUUCUCACUUCAGACUACAGUAAGGAAGUUAUUAAUUUUUUGGGGGAAAUCAAUACUAGAAAUUUUUUUAAAGAAGUGUGUACAAACACUGUCAGAGAAACUACAGUAAGGAAGUUAUUAAUUUUUGGGGGGAAAUCAAUACUAGAAUUUUUUUUAAAGAAGUGUGUACAAACACUGUCAUUAAUAGAAACAGUUGCCACUACAAAUCAUGGCUGGAUAGCGCUCUGAAAAGUCAGUUUUUAAGACUUAGAAGGAAUUGCUCAAAACUUGAAGACUUUGAAAGGCAAUCCUCAAUCUUAAAAGACCAAUUUAUCAAAAAAGAUCAUCCAGAACACGAUCUCAACACUGUCAUUGACCAAAUAGAGACCCAACAUAGGAAUACACUUUUAACCUAUAAAGAUAAAAAUAAAGAUGCUCCAUCCAUACCCAUUAUUUUUGAUUAUAAUAAUAAAAAUAAAGAAAUAAAAAAGAUUAUAAAUACGCAUUGGAACAUUCUGCAACAGGACGACAUAUUUAAGAAUAUUAUUCCCAACAAGCCUAAUAUUAUAUUCAGAGGAGCCCCUAAUUUUAAGUCCAUUUUGACCAAUAAUUUUACCAGACCAAUUACCACUAAAAAGAAAUCGACACUAUCAGAUUUUAAAGGUUUUUUUAAAUGUAUUGUUUGUAGAACUACUGACACAGUGCCUAACAAAAUUACUAAUUUUUGUUCUAAUAUUACUAAAAAAAACUUACAAAAUAAAGGAUUUUAUAACAUGUGACACUAAGAAUGUUAUAUAUAUGUUGGAAUGCCCAUGUGGACUCCAAUACGUAGGCAUGACCUCCAGAUGCCUUAAAAUUAGAAUAGCUGAACAUUGUCACAACAUCACUAAAGGGUAUGAAAACCAUACGGUCUCAAAACAUUUUUGUGCACACCAUAAUAACCCAAAACCUCUUACAUUUACGCGUAUCCAAAAACGUAACAUUCCCUGGAGAGGAGGCAAUAUCCGCAAUAUACUUGGUAAAAAUGAGAUGGAAUGGGUUUUUAACUUGCGAACUUUGACCCCAGAGGGUCUUAACGCAGACUUUGACCUUUUUAAUUUCCUAUAGAUUAUGUACACUGUGUUUUAUUCUACAUAAAAUGUGUUACAUUACUGAUUAUUUGUAUUUUUUAGCCCUGUUUAGACUUAUUUAUUUCUCUUUUUCUACCACUUUUUAUAACCAUAUUCAUCCCCUCUUUUAUUUUAUGGUCUCUCUUUUAAUAUUUUAUCUUAUUUUAUUCACUCUUUUUUUCUUUAUUUGUUUUCCCUUUAUUCCACCAUCUACUCUCCUCACUCUAUUAAUUAUCUAAUUUCCUACUAUUUCCUCCCAGUUCCAUAGUCAUCACCCAUAUUUUCCCUUCCCUUUUUUUCCCUCCCCCUUUCUCCUUGUUUAUUUUUCAUUUUUUUUAUUUAUUAUUUUUUUAUAUUUCAUCCUUAUUUUAAUCUAUUUAUUUAACUUUAUUUCAUUUUUUAUUUAUUUUAUUAUCUUUAUAUUUUUAUCUAUUUUUCUUUAUUCAUUUAUUAGUCAAUUUCACUAUUCUUUAUUCCCACUUACACUUCCCUUCACCAUCUCUCUUAUAUCCCCCCUUUUUUCCUAUUUAUAUCCAUUUUAAUAGUAUCUGGCCAAUGUUUAUAUAAUGCACGUGCUGGCCGCGUUCUUGUAGCUUUACACUCCUCCAGCACCUCCCCUCUUUUUUAACUUGUAACUUUCACACUCUUCAGUAAUAGCCGAGGUUGGUCACGUGACCCUCGGCAUCCUACUAAUUCCCUUCAUCACCAUAUUGCUACUCGAUUAUCUUUUCCUUACUUAUUGUCCCACUUCUAUUUAGUUUAUAUUCAUUUAAGCCACCCACAUUGCGGAAUUUAACUUUUAUGCUUCACUUUAUUUCUUUAUUGUUCAAGCUCACUCCCCUCUCAUCCUGCCCACGUCCCCCAUUGAUUGUCUAUGACGCAAGCAGUGUCGCACCCCCUGCCCCUUGUCACUACAUUUCCCAAGCUUCCUUUCCAUCUCACGUCCAUUAUUGAUGUCAAUCUUCUGGCCACACCUACUUUUUAUUUGUUAUUUCUUAUUCAUUUAAACCCUUGUUUUUAUAUCAUUUUAACUUCAUGUAACAUGUUUAAAUCAGAUUUUAACAUAUUAAAAGCUUUUAGACCAUUUUAUAUGUACAACUGUAUAUCAUGGUCGCAAACACGUGACUAGGACGUCAUUUUACCGCCAAAUUUGAAUUUUCCUUGUAUUUUAUCCUAUAUAAGACUGUACUUGGCAGGUAUAUGCUUGAUUACAACUUGAAAAAGCCCAGUGUGGGUGAAACGCGUUGGGGACUAAUUUUAUCAUUGUUAUUGUUCUUAUAAAGGUUUUUGGUAACUUUUACUAUCACUAUUAGUACCAAAUACCCUUUUUCUUCCUUUUUGCACCUGGCAUCCAGUUUUUUAUUAUUCCAGUGAGGACCUCACAAAGUAUCCUUGGUGGGGAUUAUACCACCCACGCUGAUUGUACUGAGCGGGCUAUCUGCUCAGUUAAAUGUGAGUAUUAUUCAUUUAGUUUUACUCCUGGUUUUAUCAUUUUAUACAGAGAGCACUAGUCUUGCACCCCUUGCUUUUAUUUUCACAUAUUACCUGCCGACAAGAUACGUACUGGCCAAUACCUUACACCAUAUCCCUGAAGUGGGGGAAUAAAUCCACUGCAAGCACUUCACACUAGAGCUGGUUUUAGCUCUACCGUAUGUGAGUAGGCCAUUUUGGAUUUCCUUUUAUUGGAGUUUUUAUUUUAUUUUAUACAUAUUUCACUAUUGGUACUCUUUCUUUUCUUUUAUGUCCCUGGACUUUGAUUACCUGGAAGACAUAUUUACCUGACAAUACAGGCAAACGUUUAUAUACUUUUCUACACUUUCUACUCUUUGCUUGUCUUUUAUACAUAUUUAAGAUUUUAUGUUAUCUUAUUGAAAGUGUAUUAUCUGUUUAUCAUUUGUCUUAUUGAGUAUCCCCUUAAUCCCUAACCCCGUGGCGCACCCUAUUGCUUUGUAUUAUUGUUUGUUCGUUUGGGUUUUUAGGAGAGACUUACCCGUCUAGGUGUGCUGCCUUCCCCACCCCCAACUUGGCGCUAUUACAUCUUUUGUGUUUUCAUCCUCUACUUUUAGUAGACACGUACAUAUAAUCUCCUGUUUCUUGUGUCUUAAACUUAGUUGCUUCAAUUAAUGUCUCAGGCUGAUGCCAGCAUGUUUUCAAAUAUGAACUUUUUCUUGACUAAUCUUCAUGUCAUUAUAUAAAAAAUGUGCAUUGUGUAUCCAUGCCAUGCCUUACCAAUUUAAUAUUUAUUGUUCAAAUGUGAAUAUAUGCUGUUGUGGGAUUACAAACGCAUCUGUAACUGCUUGUUCUUUGCACGCAAAAAUAAAGAACUAAAAAAAAAUUUAGAUUAGGUCUACAGUUAGUGUAAUGCUUAGGUGUAUAGUUGGUUUAGCUUUAGUGGGGAGGUUGGUGUAGGGUUAGCGUUAACUAUCAAAAUCUUAUUUAGAUCAAGUAUAAUUAACACACACACUCACUCACUAAUAGACACACACACUCAAUCACACAUUAACACACUCACAUUUUCUUUAAAAAAUUCAACCGACCCAGCCUCCUUACCUUUGGGAAUGCUGGGUGGGGUUCUCCCUCUCCCUGGGGUUCGGUGGCUGCUGGUCGGUCGGUUGGGCGGCACUGGCGAGGGAGCACUUCCCCCUGAGCUUUCUGCUCAGCUCCCUCGCGUGCCACAGAGUUAUGCACAGAGCUGUAAUGUGGCGUGCGAGUGAGCUGAGCAGAGCGCUCAGGGGAAAGUGCUCCCUCACCAGUGCCGCCCGCCCAGCUUGUCAGUUAGCCGCAAGGCUAACAAGACAUUUUCCCUGGGCAUUUGGGGGCGGCUUUUUUUGCCGCCCCCUGGAAGAUGCCGCCCAAGGCAAAUGUCUUGUUUGCCUCAUGUUUAAUACAUCCCUGGAUGGCACAAUCCUAGGAGAGUGUGAUCAGGAUCUUAGGAACCAGAUCCAAAGGGAACUCUGGAGCAAGGUCCUCGUGGAAGUACAGGUUCUUCAGAAAUUCCUCUCAAUCCCAGAACAGCGAUAUCAAGGUCAACUGGAUAUGCGGAUGCCCUUUCUGGAAGAGCAGCCUCUGAAGGAAUGGGUGACUGAACUGGAGAGAACUGUGUCUGGACAAUGGUUACCCGUGGGUUGUAGGCUCUGACCGCCCAUGCAAUCAAAUUAGCCCUUUUUGUAAAUGUACUUUUGGAGUGUUUCAGAAUGUGGCAAUUGUUUUCUGUAAAUAAUUUCUCUGUACAAUGGUUACCCGCAGAACUCGUGGCUCACAGACGACAACCCUUCGGAGGGUGAGGACUAUGUUGGCCCUGGCUUAUUGUGGGAGGUCUAUGAUGACAUUGAGUUUGGAAGCCCUGGAGAGUUUCACUUCUGGGAUAUUCGUGACAACAGGGAGGUCCUGCAUGAUCUCUCGGAAGCUACCAGCCUGGGACUGGACCUGACUUUUCUUGCUAACCUGGAGAGGGAGCUCGAACAGGACUAUGUAAGCCUGUUUCACCAUAUGACACCACCUGUCUCGGAAAUGAUGGAGCUUGUGGAUUUUGCAGAGCCGGAAGGGUUGGGUGUUGUUCUUACUCCCCAGCGGCAGUGUGAGGUUAAGGGAACGGAGACAACCGGUCCUGUUCCCCAGCAGCAGAGUGCAUCCCAGGGAGAGAAGCGUUCCAUCCUUCCUCCCCAGCAGCAGUGUGAGGUCCAGGAAACGGAGACAACCGGUCUCGUUCCCCAGCGACAGUGUGAGGUCCAGGGAGCAGAGACAACUGGUCUCGUGCCUCAGUAGCAGUGUGAGGUCCAGGGAAUGGAGACAACUGGUCUUGUUCCCCAACGACAGAUUGUGUUCCAGGGAGGUGAGACAACCGGUCUCCCUCUCCAGCGGCAGAGUGCAAACCCAGUGGAAGAGUUGGCAUCAGGGCAGAGCACCGCUGGUCUCUACCCACAAGAUCCUGAGGCUGACCCCGGCGACCUGUUAUGGUCUGGUUAGCGGGUAGCAAGCAAGCGAGACUACGGCUGCUGCUACCCCUUCCCUCCAGGAUGCUCCCACAUCUGAGCAGAGCGCAGCCAGCUUCUGCUCUCCCCUUCCCCUGGUUCAUGACCCUAGCCAUCCAGGAGGGUCUGGAGGGCAGUUUGGUGUGAGGGCGCGGGCCUCCGGGCAGAGUCCUGAUGGCCUCUGCCCACCCUUGUAGGGCCCCAGCAAGUGAUAGCAGUGGGGGCGCAGGCCUCCAGGCAGAGGGGAGGUAACCUCUGCCCACCCCUGAUACCUGAGCUGGGCCCUGGCAGCCGUGCAGGGCCUCCAAAACGAAUAAGAGUGGCAGUCCAUGCCUCCGGGCAGAGGGCAGGAUUCUCCGCCCACCCUUGGUGCCUAAGCCCAGGAAGCAAAUAGGGGCAGAGGUGCGGGCCUCUGGGCCGAGGGCAAAUGGGCUCUACCUACUGGAGCGAUGGUCCCCGGGCACCCGUCCCGCUCCCCAGCAGCUGAGUGUGAUCCAAGGGGGAGAGCGCAGCUGGCUCUUCCCCCCACAGGCCAACCAUAACCCCAGUGACUCACGGGAAGCAGAGCCGUGACGGACUCAACAAACAACGAACAUCAUCCUCAACCAACCGGGGAAAACUACCGAGACCCAGGUGAGGGAAUAGCCGGGGGUGGGGGGCACACUUGUUUGGGUGGGGGGUUUUACGGGCUCAGAGACUCCUGUGUACCAGAGGGUGGGCAGCCUCCCUGGCUGAAGGUGCUUUAUGUUUAGGUCACCCUGUACCUAGGAGGGUUCAGGGUGCAAAGCUGGCCAGACCCCAGGACUGUAGGGGCUGGCUAAGGACCAGUGCUGUUGCGGGCAUGGCACGAACAGACUAUCCACUCCAGACAGCAGUGAAUAUGUCACGGAAGCCCCCAUGCCACAACUUGCUGGAGAGGCAUAACAGCUAGCCCACAGACUACAGGCCUGGCAAAGACAACCGCAAUGCUGAUGGAAAGUUCCAGCAAGGACAUGUAUAACCGCACUUAGAGUAACCCCUGGCAGUCCUCUCCAAAAGGGAGAUGAAUGUCACGGGAGAUGGGACUCCUCGUGCGUGUUCCCUUAAGUAUACUUUGUGUUGUCUAAUGUCUCAGCCCAUGCAAUCAAAUUAGCCCUUUUUGUAAAUGUACUUUUGGAGUGUUUCAGAAUGUGGUAAUUGUUUUCUGUGAAGGAUUUCUCUGUACUUGAAAGGGGAUUGAAUUGCCUUUCAGACACUGAGGAUCAUGGGAGUUAUUGACCUGGAGGAUUGGGUUGGAAACCCCUUGCAUGGUGGCUGUGCAUAAGCGCAUGUGUUUUUCUCUGAAAUAGACAGACUGUUUUCUUUUAUCCAAUACGACUGGUCCUGUCCACUAUAUUGAGGAAUUUUACAAUGUUCAAGAGGGUUAGAAUUAUAUUAUGCUGUAGAUGAAUCCAGGACCAGCGGAUUAUCAGAGAAGCGGCAAUCAAGGGACACUUGCGAGACCUUGCAAACCGGUGACAACUUCCCUCUGCCUUCCCCUUCCCUCGCACCACCCAAUUGCAGUACAUAAAGGUUUAAAAAGCCUUUAUUUACUCACCCGAUCCCAGCACCAGUCUUCCUUGGUGCUGGGUCUGAUGUGGUGGUCUAAUGCGCAUGCGUGGAAAGUGCAUUAGGCCCUCAAUAUGGGAAAGCAUUGAAUCAAUGCUUUCCUAUCUGGUUUUCAAUGAUGCUGAAUUUCCUCAGGCAGAGUGUAAGGAUGUCCAGCAUCACCUAAAGACUGGUAAAAUCCUGUAAGCACCUCUAGUGGCUGUCUAGUAGACAACCAUUAGAGGCUGUCUUAGUGUUGCAAUGUAAACUUUGCAGUUUCUGUAAAACUGCAAUGUUUCACAUUGCAGGACUAAGCGGGAGAGGGACAUCACACCCAGACGACUUGAGAUGAAGUGGUCUGGGUGCCUAUAGUGUCUCUUUAAGCUAAAGUAGUUUUGGUGACUAUAUUGUCCCGUAAAAUUGUGUUGGAACAAAUCUAUAGCUCACAUUCAAGGUUUUGUUUUGGUUCAGAACUUGGACAAUUGCCUCUGUCCUUAACCCCUUAAGGACACAUGACAUGUGUGACAUGUCAUGAUUCCUUUUUAUUCCAGAAGUUUGGUCCUUAAGGGGUUAAAGGGUUAAAGCAAAUUUAAUCAACAAUUACAAACAUGUCUCCAGAAACAGGCAUGCCAGUGCAGCUGCCUGCAAACCAAUCUCCCCACAGCAAGCGGAAGUACUCUUACAUAGGGAAUAUGUCCUGGAGUUAGCAGAGAAAAGAAUGAGCCCUUGCCCCAGAGGCUUAUGCUUUAGAAGCCUUACAUCAGAAAUCCAAACUGGCAGGACACUGCUUUCCUAUAAAGCAGAAUAGGUGCCAAAAGUCCUGAAUUUACUGUAACAUCCUGAAUUGUACGGCACUGUAACAACAGAUCCCAAAAAACAGGAAGGAACUGGGCACUAGAAACAUGCACUCCAUGCAUGGCCUGCCUUGAACGGGCAGGCUGUCAAUCUGCCUUGCCACUCUCUUCAGCCAAAGCCUUGCCUCCUUAAUGGGCAGACCUACCCCUUGCACAGUACUGAAGCCUGCUUGUUACCUUACGUUCCUCCAUUCCGCAGAGUGGGUAGGGAAGAUUGUCAGGUAUGAGAAAAUUGUUGGAACGGCAUAAAGAACUGAUUGCAAUAGUUCCUAAAGUUAAUGUGCAAUACCUGUUUAGAAAGCAACAGCUGUUUUGUAUAAUAUCACAAAUAUUAUAGCAAACAAGUAGUGAUAGACAAACUGUAAUUACUAAAAUUGAGAGGCGGAGAAUAAUCAAAACUGCAGAGUGAAAUAUGUUUGUUUUAAAAUUGCAUAAAUGCCUCGGUAUGCUUGUGUCUCCUGGCACAUGUGGGUACAUCUGCUUAUGUUUGUGCAUGAAGUUGUUGUGUUCACAUUUUUCAGGGUGUUGCAUCUGACUGCUUCUUCUUUAUUCAGCAGACAUUUCCUAACAUUUUCAAUUUUUUACGUAAGCAUUUUUGUAGCCUUAGGUGUAUAUAUGGAAAGGUUUAUUUUAUUUUUUUUUAUUUAUUUAUUUUUUUUUUAACUGCCAUAGGAUUGCUCAAAGCAGUCAAUUAGUUUACAGGAGUAGUGUUAUGAAGAAAAUAUAAUUCAGUGAUAGGUGGCAGGGUUGUAAAAGUGGGUAUUUAGAGGUGUGAUAUUAUGGGUGAUCUAACAAAGAAGAUCAGGUGCUAUUUGGGUGCAAAGUCAAAAUACAUCCUAUAAGCUGAUGGUUGCCAACUAUCCCGUUUUUGCCGGGGCAGUCCCGGCAAGCUGGAGUCUGUCCCGGGCAAUUUACUCUCCCGGGACAGUCCCGGCAAAUUGCUGGGCCAUGUGCUUUUAUUAUUUUCCCUCUGACUGUAACAGCCUGUUGCAGUCCGAGGUAAUUCAGGACAGAGCUGCUGGAAGAUGCUGGGGGCUAUAGAGAGAUGCUGGGAGCUGCUGGGGCUGGAGGGAGCACUGACUGCCACCCUUUUGAUGCAGACCCCGCUCCCACACCAUAAGCUCCACCCAUGCACGCAAGCUCCGCAUCCCGCCAUCAAGCUCUGCCCCAUUUUAAGCAGUAGACCUAGCUGCAGAAAAUGGCUACCUGACAUCCCAGCAACAGCCUCCAGUGCCUGGUAGGCUUGAUAUACUCAGGUGUGUGUGUGCCUGCUAGUGAGAAAGCUUUUGUGUGUGUGUGUGUGUGUGUGUGUGUGUGUGCCUGCUAGUGAGAAAGCUUGUGUGUGAGCUUGUCUGUAGUGAGCUUGUGACAACUCACCACCACCAGACCACCAGGGCACAGCACCCCUUUACACACACACACAGCUCCCCUGACACAAAGCACCCCAGCACACACACACAUCACAUUCACACACAGUACCGUCACACAAACACACUGCACCUCUCACGCAAACACAGCACCUGUCACACACUGCACCCCUCUCACACACCCAUCACACACACAGCACCUCUCACACACACAUACAGCACCCCUGACACACAUACACAGCACCUCUCACACACUCAGCAUCUCUCACGCACACACAGCACUCUGCACUUACUGUGCCCCUUACACACACACACACUGCACCGCUCACACACAACACUCUUAUACACACAGCACCCCUAAACAAAAACACAUACACUGCACCCCUCACAGCAGUCUGUGUGUGUAUUCAGCAGUCCGUGUGUGUGUAUAAAGUAGCCUGUGUGCAUUCAGCAGUCUGCGUAUGUAUUCAGCAGUCUGUGAGUAUUCAGCAGUCUGUGUGUGUGUGUAUUCAGCAGUCUAUGUGUUUAUUCAGUGAACUGUCUGUAUUCACCCUGUACGUGUGUGUGUAUUCAGCAGUCUGUCUGUGCAUGUGUUCAGCAGUCUGUGUGUGAAUAUAAAUAAAUAUAUAUAUAUAUAUAUAUAUAUAUAUAUAUACAAAACAAAGCAGGCUGCACUCACGGACUUUUGAAUUUCAAAUGUGGUUUAUUCCAUCCAAGAAACAAAAACGAUCAACGUUUCGGUCCACGCAGGGACCUUCAUCAGGAUCAAACAGUACAAAUACAAUCUAUAACUACUCAAAUAUAUACCUAAUAACAUUAAUUAAAAGUGACACCGCGCAUGUGCGUACUACCGUGCGCCCCCACGCUGACCUCCGUUCCAUGCGUAAUGACGUCGAUGACGUCGUGUCCAUGGCAACGUUUACAGCUUUCGUUCUAAGAAAGCUGUAACUACAAUGUGACAAGCUAUAACCUAGUGAAGAGCAAAUCGUGUUACAGCAAGAAAAAGAAAAGGAAUUAAAACAAAAUGUUAUCUGCAUAUAACUAAAUAAAUCCAUUGGGUCACUAUUAGAUAAAUAUUAGAAACAAGCCUAAAUACUAUACCAAAUUUAUUACGGCUCCUAUCAAUAUAUAGAUAUUUUACUUUUACCCUUAAAAAUUGAGGGACUGAAUCCAACUUAAUAGAAUACUGCCUUAAUUAUGCACAUAAAGGUGUGGGGCUUUUUAGUCCUUUUACACCUACAUUUGGAGACUUCUCCUUUACUAUAAUAUUGAUUGCAGUACUAAAGGUGGAAUACAUUAAUUAACUCUAUAAAAUAAUUUAAAGGGGCCUAAAUCAAAAUCUAAUGUGACACAAAUCGUGUGUCCAGUCACCUAACGGAUAUGCUAAUAUAUAGAAUCAGAGACUAUUGCCAAUUAUAUAAAUUGUGGUAUUCUGAAUAUAUUAUAAUUAACUAAGGGCUCUAUUUUAAUAUCUGUUCAUAUUUUAUUAAUUAUUAAAUUAACCCUUAUUAUAAUAUAUCUCCUACUAUAUAAUAUAUAUAUAUAUACAGUAUCUCACAAAAGUGAGUACACCUCUCACAUUUUUGUAAAUAUUUUAUUAUGUCUUUUCAUGUGACAACACUGAAGAAAUGACACUCUGCUACAAUGUAAAGUAGUAAGUAUGAAACCUGUAUAACAGUGUAAAUUUGCUGUCCCCUCAAAAUAACUCAACACACAGCCAUUAAUGUCUAAACCAUAGGCAACAAAAGUGAGUACACCCCUAAGUGGAAAUGUCCAAAUUGGGAGUAAUUAGCCAUUUUCCCUCCCCGGUGUCAUGUGACUCGUUAGUGUAACAAGGUCCCGGGUGUGAAUAGGGAGCAGGUGUGUUAAAUUUGGUGUUAUCGCUCUCACACUCUCUCAUACUGGUCACUGGAAAUUCAACAUGGAACCUCAUGGCAAAGAACUCUCUGAGGAUCUGAAAAAAAUAAUUGUUGCUCUACACAAAGAUGGCCUAGGGCUAGACUAUAAGAAGAUUGCCAAGACCCUGAAACUGAGCUGCAGCACGGUGGGCAAGACCAUACAGCGGUUUCACAGGACAAGUUCCACUCAGAUCAGGCCUAGCCAUGGUUGACCAAAGAAGUUGAGUGCACGUACUCAGCGUCAUAUCCAAAGGUUGUCUUUGAGAAAUAGACAAAUGAGUGCUGCCAGCAUUGCUGCAGAGGUUGAAGGGGUGAGGGGUCAGCCUGUCAGUGCUUAGACCAUACGCUGCAAACUGCAUCAAAUUGGUCUGCAUGGCUGUCGUCCCAGAAGGAAGCCUCUUCUAAAGGUGAUGCACAAGAAAGCCCACAAACAGUUUGCUGAAGACAAGCAGACUAAGGACAUGGGUUACUGGAACCAUGUCCUGUGGUCCGAUGAGACCAAGAUAAACCAGGUGAGGAGUACAAAGUACAAAGUGUGUCUUGCCUACAGUCAAGCAUGGUGGUGGGAGUGUCAUGGUCUGGGCCUGCAUAAGUGCUGCAGGCACUGUGGAGACACAGUUCAUUGAGGGAACCAUGAAUUCCACAAUGUACUGUGACAUACUGAAGCAGAGCGUGAUCCCCUCCCUUUGGAGACUGGGCUGCUGGGCAUUAUUCCAACAUGAUAACAACCCCAAAAACACCUCCAAGGUGGCCACUGCUUGCUAAAGAAGCUGAAGGUAUAGGUUAUAGCAGGGGCGGACUGAGCGCCUUUGGGGCCCCUGGGCAAAAUUAGAUCCCAGGCCCUUUGAAGGCCAAAUAUAUGUGCAUUAAAUAAAUGUUAAAUAUAACUCUCAUUAUACAGCAUUCCUUUGUCUGUGUGAAUGCACUUGUGCAUGUCUGGAUAACUACAUGUGCUUUUUUGUAUAUAGUGUCUGUGUGAAUGCAUAUGUGACAGGUGACAGAGUGUGUGAGGGAGAGGGUGACAGGUGGAAGAGUGUGGGGGGUUGUGACAGGUGGCAGAAUGAGGGAGUACCUGGUGGCAGAGUGAGGGAGGGAGGGGUUGAGUGGUGGCUGAGUGAGGGGGAGACACAGUGAGGGGGGGUGACUGGUGACAGAGUGAGGGAGUGGGAGACUUGUGACAGAGGGAGGGAGAGGGGGUGACUAGUGACAGAGGGAGGGAAGGGGUGACUAGUGACAGAAUGAGGGAGUGCCUAGUGACAGAGGGAGGGGGUGACUAGUGACAGAGGGAGGGAGGGGGUCAGUCACCCCAUCCAUCUCUCUGUCACUAGUCACUCCCUCCCUAACUCUGUCACUGUGUCACCCGCUCCCUCACUCUGUCACUAGUCACUCCCUCUCUCACUCUGUCACUAGUCACCCCCUCACUCUGUCACUGUGUUACCCCCCUCCCUCCCUCUGUCACUAGUCACCCCCUUACUCACUCUAUCACUAAUCACCCCCUCUGGCUCUAGUCACCCCCUCCCUCUGUCACUAGUCACCCCCUUCCUAACUUUGUCACUGUGAGGGAAGGAAGGGGUGACUGGUGACAGAGUGAGGGGAUGACUGGUGACAGAGUGAGGGAAGGAAGGGAUGACUGGUGACAGAGGGAGGGGGUGACACAGUGACAGAGUGAGGGAGGUGGUGACUGUCCCUAGUCACCCCCUCCCUCUGUCACUAGUCACCCCUUCCCUCCCUAACUCUGUCACUAGUCACCCCCUCCCUCUCCCUGUCACUAGUCACCCCCUCCCUCUCUCUGUCACUAGUCACAACCUCCCUCACUAGAGUGAGGGGGUGACUAGUGACAGAGUGAGGGAAGGAAGGGGUGACAGAGUGAGGGAAGGAAGGUGUGACUAGUGACAGAGUGAGGGAGUUGGUGACUGUCACUAGUCACCACCUCCCUCUGUCACUACUCCCUCCCUCCUUCUGUCACUACUCCCUCCCUCCUUCUGUCACUAGUCACCUCCUCCGUCCCUCACUCUGUCACUAGUCACCCCUUAACUCACUCUGUCACCAGUCAUCCCAUCUCUCACUCUGUCACCAGUCAUCCCCUCACUCUGUCACCAGUGAUCCGCUCACUCUGUCACCAGUCAACCCUUCCUUCCCUCACUCUGCGACUAGUCACCCCUUCCCUCACUCUGUCACCAGUCAUCCCCUCACUCUGUCACUUGUCACCCUCUCACUCUAGUGACAGAGUGAGGGAGGGGGUGACUAGUGACAGAGUGAGGGGGUGAUUAGUGACAGAGUGAGGGAGGGAAUGGGUGACUAGUGACAGAGUGAGGGAGGGGUGACUAGUGACAGAGGGAGGGUGACUAGAGAGGGAGGGGGUGACUAGUGACAGAAUGAGGGAGGGGGUGACUAGUGACAGAGGGAGGUGGUGACACAGUGACAGAGAGGGAGAUGGUGACUAGUGACAGAGUGAGGGAGGUGGUGACUGUCACUAGUCACCCCAUCUCUCCCUUUGUCACUAGUCACUCCCUCCCUAACUCUGUCACUAGUCACCCCCUCACUCUGUAACUAGUCACCCACUCCCUCCCUCUGUCACUAGUCACCCCCUCCAUCUGUCACUGUGUCACCCCAUCCCUCCCUCUGUCACUAGUCACUCCCUCCUUAACUCUGUCACAAGUCACCCCCUCCAUCACUCUGUCACUAGAGUGGGUGACUAGUGACAGAGUGAGGGAGGGGAUGACCAGUGUUAGAGGGAGGGGGUGACUAGUUACAGAGUUAGGGAGGGGGUGACUAGUGACAGAGUAAGGGAGGGAAGGGGUGACUAGCGACAGAGUAAGGGAGGGAAGGGGUGACUAGCGACAAAGUGAAGGAGGGAAGGGGUGACAUAGUGAGUGAGGGAAGGGGUGACAUAGUGAGUGAGGGAAGGGGUGACUAGUGACAGAGGGGGUGACACAGUGACAGAGUUAGGGAGGGAGUGACUAGUGACAGAGGGAGGGAGGGGGUGACUAGUGACAGAGUGGGGGGGUGACAGUGACAGAGGGAGGGGGGUGACUAGUGACAGAGGGGAGUGACUAGUGACAGAGGAGGGGUGACUAGUGACAGAGUGGGAGGGGAGGUAAGUGAUUAGUGACCGAGGGGGGGUGACUCAGUGACAGUGAGGGGGGUGACUACUACCACAGCGAGGGGAGAGGAUCAUUGACACAGUAAAGGGACCUGAAGUGACACAGUGGGGGUGACUAUACAUGGGGCACAGCACACAAAUGGGGGUGGACUAGUGACACGGGGGGUCUAGUGACACGGGGUCUAGUGACACGGGGUGACUAGUGACACAGUGGGGGUGUGACUAGUGACACGGGGUGACUAGUGACACAGUGGGGGGUGACUAGUAACACGGGGGGUGACUAGUGACACGGAGGUGGGGUGAUUAGUGCCUACCUGUCUCUCUGCUCCCUCUGGUCUCCCAGGCUGCUGCUCCUUCACCUCGUUGAUCGGGCUCUGUGUGAGAGGAGUAAACAGGAAGUGAGGUCACUUCCUAGCCCCACCUCUCCCAUCACACAGAGCCACAUGGGACAGGAAGGAGACCUGGCAGAGAGAGCUGGUGAAGCUGCCUUGAGGGGGGGGGGAGUGACUUGCAGAGCGGUAGGUUGUGGGGCCCUGUGCUCCAUCAGGGGCCCCACAACCUAUCAAUGAAAUUGUUUUAUUUUAUUAUUUUUUUGUUCCAGUUGGAGAGAUCUCUGGUCUCUCCAGCUGGAGCAUGGCUGUGCGGCCGGGCCCGACUGUCUCAGGCCCUCGGUCCAUGACUGAUGUGCCCGAGUGGUCAGUCCGCCCCUGGGUGAUAGAUGGGCCAAGCAUUUCUCCAGACCUAAACCCUAUUAAGCAUGUGUGGGGCAUCCUCAAACAUUUCCACUUAGGGGUGUACUCACUUUUGUUUCCAACGGUUUAGACAUUAAUGGCUGUGUGUUAAAUUAUUUUGAGGGGACAGCAAAUUUACACUGUUAUACAGGCUUUACAUUUACUACUUUGAACUACAUUGUAGCAGUGUGUAAUUUCUUCAGUGUUGUCUCAUGAAAAGAUAUAAUAAAAUAUUUACAAAAAUGUGAGGGGUGUACUCACUUUUGUGAGAUACUGUGUGUGUAUAUAUAAAGUAGCUUGUGUGUGUGUAUUCAGCAGUGUGUAUAUUCAGCAGUCUGUAUGUAUUCACCAGUCUGUGUGUGUGUAUGUGUGUGUGUAUUUAGCAGUCUGUGUGUGUAUGUGUGUUCAGCAGUCUCUGUGUGUGUGUAUUCAGUGUACUGUGUGUAUGCACUUUGUAUGUGUGUGUGUAUUCAGCAGCUGGAGUGCAUUCAGCAGUCUUUGUGUAUGUACUCAGCAGUCUGUGUGUGAAUGUGUUCAGCAGUCUGUGUGUAUGUAUUGUAUGUAUUGCAUUUAUUGGAGGUACCAAUAAAUAUAAGAUUAAUAUUAUCGAUAAUUUAUCGAUAAUACUGGUCUUUGUGCAUAAUAUCCUGGUACAACCAGUGCUCCCUGGAUAGUGCUGCUUUUUGUAUAAUAAAGGUCUGUGUAUAAUAUCCUGGGACAGUCAGUGCUUCCGGUAUAAUGCUGCUCUCUGUCCCAGAAUAUUAUACACACAUAGAUCUGUAUUAUACAGUCAGUGCUCCCUGUAUAGUGCUGCUCUCUGUAUAUAACAGGUAAUUGUGUGUAUAAUAUCCCCUGAUAGUCAGUGCUCCCUGUAUAGUGCUGCUCUCUGUACCAAGUGGGAAAACUGCAAUGCACACCCUCCAAAUAAGGUAUUUUAGCCCCCAGAGAACCCGACACACCUAUACAUGGGUGGUAUCACUGUAUUCAGGAAAUGUUGCUGAACACAUAUCGGGGUGUUCUUUGGUAGUAACCGUUAACCCCUUAAGGACUGGACUGUUUUUGCGAUGUUGUACAUUUGCGACCAGGAAUAUUUUUACACUUUUGUGGUGUUUGUGUUUGGCUGUAAUUUUUCGCUUUCUCAUUUACUGUUCCCAUACAAAUUAUAUAUUGUUUUUUUCAGGACAAAAGGGGCUUUCUUUACAUACCAUUAUUUAUAUAAUCUCAUGUAUUUUAAUUUAAAAAAUACAAAAAUCUGAUGAAAAAUUGAAAAAAAUACAUGUUUUUUGACUUUUACUUGAAAAAUCUUUUACUCAUCUACAAAAGCGAAUUAAAAAAACUGCUAAAUAGAUUCAAAAUUUUAUCCUGAGUUUAAAAAUACCCCGUGUUUACAUGCUUUUUUGCUUUUUUUUGCAUGUUAUAGGGCUUUGAAAAUGAAGUAGAGACAAGCGUUUCAAAACAUACAUUUUUGUAAUGAAUAAUAGUGACAUUGUGAAACAAUGCUUAUCUGCCGCAAAUUCCCUGAAUAACACCCCACAUAGAGUUUUUUGAAGUAGAUAAACCCUGUAGAGGCUAUUGGUAUAAGUCCAGUCUUUUAGUAGCCAUUUGAGUCGAGGAACAUCACAAAGUAAGCAUUCAAGUAUUUGUUUUCGUGUGCAGCAAAAACCAAUUGAAAUCUGGAAUUUCCGGGCCAGUGUUUGUGACCGCGGUUACCAAAAGACUGGCCACCCAUUUUGCAAAUACCUUUUGCUGCCCUCUUUUGCAAAUGCGCGCCAUCAGCGGGGGUAAUUCUCAUUCCUGGGCUACCAUUGGCCUCUCAAAGGCAACGUAACCAACCUGGCUAUUUUCAAUGUAAAAAUAUUUGACCCAUAUAUUUGACCCUGUAACUUUCAAAAAUGCUAUAAAAGCUGUACAUGGGGGGUACUGUUUUACUCGGGAGACAUCGCUGAACACAAAUAUUAGUGUUUAAAAACUGGAAAACCUAUCACAACAAUUAUAUCAUCAGUAAAAGUGCUGUUUGUGUGUGAAAAAUGCAAAAAAAGUCACUUUCACUGACAAUAUCAUCGCUGUGAUAUGUUUUACAGUUUUGAAUCACUAAUAUUUGUGUUCAGCGAAGUCUCCCGAGUAAAACAGUACCCCCCAUGUACAGGUUUUAGGGUGUCGUCGAACGUUACAGGGUAAAAUACAGUGCUAGCAAAUUAAAUUCUCUGGAAUUUCGGCCUGGGUUGGCAGGCAGGUCCCUCAAAUUGCAAUCAAUAAAAUUACUGAAUUAUGUAAAAAUAUUACAUAAAUACGCACGUAGAAUUUAAAUAUAUAUGCAUAUUUAUAUAUUUGAAGUCUACGUAUAUAUUUAUAUAAUUAUUUAUGUAAUUUUGUAUAUGGACGUAUGUAUAUUUCUUAUUAUUUUUAUUUAUUUUUAUAUACAUAGAUAUAUAUACAAAUUUAUUCUAAGUGUAUUUUGAUAUAAAUAUAUAUAUAUUAAUUUUAAAAUACAGUUAGAAUAAAAUUUCAUAUAGAUAUAUAAUUUUUUUUUAAAUUUUUAUUAUUAUUUAAAAAAAUUAUUUAAUUUAAAUUACUUAUUAUUUAUAUUUUAUAAUAAUAUAUAUAUAUAUAUAUAUAUUAUAUAUAUAUUAUAUAUACGUGUGUAAUUUAAUUAUAAGUGUAUUUUUAUAUUAAUAUAAGUACAUAUUAAUAUAAAAAUACACUUAGUAUGGCAUUAUAUAUAUGAUAUAUAGACAUAUAUUAUAUAGAUAUAAUAUAUGUCUAUGUAUCAUAUAUACACAUAUAUAAUUAUUUUAUUUUUUUUAAUUAAUUAACACUAACUUUAUUUUUAUUUUUUGAUUUUACACUUGCAGGGAGACUGCCUGUCAGCACAGCAGUCCCCCUGCAGGCAGACACAUGGACACCUAUUGUGACCAUGUGAUCGCUGUGUUAAGCGAUCACAUGGCCACAGGGGUCCUAAUCAGUGUGGGGAGACUGUCUGGGCUGCAGGCAGUCUCCCCACAACCGGAGCAACGCUGAUCGCCGCCGGGGGAACGACGGCGAUCAGGUAAGUACCCCCAGACCGUUAGGACGGUUCAGGACCGUCAUCGGUCGGCAAGGCAAAAAUGCCGAUGACGGUCCUGAACCGUCCUCGGUCCUUAAGGGGUUAAAUUUCUCAGUACAUGUAUUCUUAAAUUGCUACGUGUGUAAAAAAAAUCACCAAUUAUUAUUAAUUUUUUUAAUUUGACAUAGAUGCAUGAAAAGAGUCAAAAUACCCCAAGUUUAAUACCUUAGGGUGCCUUCUUUAAAAAAAAUAUAUGAAGGGUUAUGCAGGGAUUCCUGACAGAUAUCAGUAUUAAAUAAUUUUGAAAAAAACUAGUUUGGCAAUAGCAAUGGAUAUCCUCAAAAAGAUAUAAGAUGGAGAUAGAAACCUCUUAUGGUGUAGUAUGUUCUGUAACCAAUACUUGAACUAUAAAGAGCAAUUUUCUGCACUUUAUAGUACAAGCAUUGGUUACAGAACAUACUACACCAUAAGAGGUUUCUAUCUCUAUCUUAUAUCUUUUUGAGGAUAACCGCUGAUAUUAAAGGGUAAAGUGCCACCAGACAGCACAGUAUCUGACGAGAUUUGAGCCUGUACUUAUAGAGGCUCUAACUAAUGUGAGUUGAUAUCUCAUAGUACUGAAUAUAUAUAACUCAUUACCUAUUCGGAGUAAAUUAAUAAUUUUUUUCCCCCUCCCUCUAUUUACUUUAUCUAGAGUGCUCCACUCAUAUAUACGAUAAUUGAUAAUAGAGUGGGUAAGAGAGAUUCUCACUAGAGUGUGCAGCAACUAACACUGAUAUAUAUCUUAUAUAAUAAUAACCUAAGCGCACUUUCCACAGUUUUUUGUAUAAAUGGUAUUUGUAUAAAUGACACUGGGUGCCUAGCCACACUAUUAGACAACAAAAAUAGAAGGCUUACCGGCACUCCUGGAUUUUCAGUGAAGUAAUUUAUUGUCAUAAAUGGUCGACGUUUCAGUUCCCAGUUGUAACUUUCAUCAGGACACAAAUAUAUAUAUAUAUAUAUUUCACAUAUUUAUCAUUUCUUUUUUGUCUUCUGUGUUUGUUUUUUAUAUUUUUGACAUACAAUAGAAAGCUACUUCUUUCAUCAUGUGGCUCCCUCUGCUGAUGGUAGCUUCCACUCUGAUCCUCCUGUACAGAUGGCAUAGGCAGAGCAAGAUUCUGCAAAAUCUCUCUGAUAAAUGGGUGCUGAUCACUGGAUCUGAUUCUGGAUUUGGGAACUUGCUAGCAAAACAAUUGGACCAGCAUGGGAUGCUAGUGUUGGCAGCUUGUCUUACAGAGAAAGGGUCUGAAGAACUAAAGAAGGAGGCUUCCAGCAGACUGCAGACAGUAAUUCUGGAUGUUGCUGAUUGCCAGAGUGUAAGCUCUGCUGCCAAGUGGGUUACUAAUAUUGUGGGAGAUGCAGGUGAGAUAUUUUUAGUUAAUUUUAUUAUGUUUUAAAGAAAGCUCUCUUAGAAAUGGGAAACAGUCAGGCUUAUUCAAUAAACUCCGUUUUGCAUAUUAAAUCCAAAUGUCAAAACAGUUAAGAUGUGACAAUGGAUGAGUGGAAGAAUAUUUCUUGGUCAGCGAUUUUUCCCUCUGUUUUUCCAUUCAGAUUUAAUUCUAGAAAAUUUUGAGUUUAGUGAAUAACCCUGUAUGUUAAAAGAAACACUAAAGCACUUCAGCAUAUAAAUGUGCCAUCCUUAAACAUUAGUGUAAAAGCUCACAAAAUGUAAUAGUUUUUGUUUUUUAAACACCUGACUUAGGCAAAAUAAUAGGGAUUCAAUUAGAGUAUAUGGUCAGUGGUGGCACUACCGCCUUUAAAACCUGUGUAGUUGCACUGUGGUCUGCCAGCUCAGGGAGGAAGUUAUAAACGUUAUGUAACUUCCUCCUAGCUUCUUUUCUACUGAAAGCACCUACUUUUCUACUGAAAGCUGCUUCAGACCCCACACUUCCAUCAAUCCCAGCCAGCAGCAGGCCACAAGCAAGCCACCCUCUUGAACACUAAAGGUAAACAGGAGGGUGGCUUGCUUGGGGUCUGCUGCUGGCUGGGGUCGAUGGGAGUGUGUUGGGUCUGGAGCACUAAAGGUAUGUUAACAGGAUACUUAUAACAUGUAUGUCAAGGUGUGUGUGUGUGUGUCAGUGUGCAUGUUAGUGUGUAUCUGUGUGUCAGUGUGUGCAUGUGUCAGUAUGUGUUUGUGUGUGCAUCUGUGUGUGUAUAUGUAAGGGGGUGUGCAUGUGUCAGUAUGUGUUUGUAUAUAUUUGUGUCAGUGUGUGUAUCUAUGUGUGUAUAUGUGUCAGUGUGUUUAUAUGUAUGUAUCUGUGUAUUAAUACGUAUAUAUAUAUAUAUAUAUAUAUAUAUAUAUAUAUAUAUCUGUGUAAGUAUGUAUGUGGCAAUGUAUAUGUGUAUAUGCAUGCAUCCAAGCAAUCAAACACCAACACAACAUGCAAACACACCUCCGCAUUCAAACUCCAAAAUUCUAUACAAAUACAUAUAGCAUUAUUAGCAUUAUUCUGGUAUUUUGAAAUGUUCUCCAUAUUGUGCUAAGGUCAAAUAUUUAUAAUUGAAUAAUAGGGACUAAUGCGCACAUUUACUUAUUAUGCUGAUGGACAAUUGUUUUAUUUUUUCAGGGUUGUGGGGAUUAGUAAACAAUGCAGGAUGUGCAUUUCCAAACGGCCCCAAUGAAUGGCAGUGUAAAGAAGAUUUUGCUAAAAUUCUAAAUGUGAAUGUCCUUGGUAUGGUGGAUGUGACCCUAAACAUGCUGCCUCUCAUAAGAAGAGCUAAGGGCCGGAUUGUUAAUGUUGCUAGUUGUACAGGGAGGUUGGUGGUAAUUGGAGGUGGAUAUUGCCUGUCUAAGUUUGCGGUGGAAGCUUUCUCUGAUAGUCUAAGGUGAGUGGACACAAAUGCAAUAUACAGCAAAGCAUGAUCAUAACCCUAUGCAAGAGUUGUCUAUCAAAGUAUCGUGUUCUUUCUUUAUUUUUUUAUCCUUAAAAGAGUAUAAUAUUUGCAUUUUAACCUCAUUAUUACCAAGCACUUUUUAUUUGAAAAAAACAUUAGCAAUAGGAUUUGGCCCGCCAUACCUAUUUCAGUGGACAAUUUGGUCCUUCAGAACAAAAGGGUUUGACACCCUUGAUAUAGAGCAUAAUGUUUCACCCUGAAGUGCAUUACUUUGCAUUACUCUACAUUAAAUGUCAUUUGAGUGGCCUAAUAUAUCUAUAUCUCUCUGAAGUAAUAUCCUGCUCACAUUGUAUUGCCUACCUAGGUUUGUGUCAUCUGCAUGUUACAAUUCACAAAAAUUCUGAUUCUUUUAAAUUAGUUUACAGGCCUUUAUCCUUGUAAUAAAGUUAAGAAUGCUUGGUUGUAUACGGGGAGGUAUUAGCAGUAGAAAGAGGGAAGUGCUCAUGCCAUUGUACAGAACACUGGUGAGACCUCACUUGGAGUAUUGUACACAGUACUGGAGACCGUAUCUCCUGAAGGAUAUUGAUACCUUAGAGAGAGUUCAGAGAAGGGCUACUAAAAUGGUUCAUGGAUUGCAGGAUAAAACUUACAAGGAAAGGGUAAAGACUCUUAACAUGUAUAGCUUGGAGGAAAGACGAGACAGGGGGGAUAUGAUAGAAACAUUUAACUACAUAAAGGGAAUCAACACAAUAAAGGAGGAGACUAUAUUUUAAAGAAGAAAAACUACCACAACAAGAGGACAUAGUCUUAAAUUAGAGGGGCAAAGGUUAAAAAAUAAUAUCCGGAAGUAUUACUUUACUGAGAGGGUAGUGAAUGCAUGGAAUAGCCUUCCAGCUGAAGUGGUAGAGGCUAACAAAGUAAAAGAGUCUAAGCAUGCAUUGGAUAGGCAUAAGGCUAUCCUAACUAUAAGAUAAGGCCAGGGACUAAUGAAAGUAUUUUGAAAAAAUUGGGCAAACUAGAUGGGCCGAAUGGUUCUUAUCUGCCAUCACAUUCUAUGUUUCUAUGUAAGAAGCAUCUGAUAUUAUAUGAGAUGCAAGCUGAUAGAGAUACAUCUCUUAAGAUAUUAGUCCCUACAUUGGCUUCCCAUAAGAUUCAGGUCUGAAUUUAAAACUCUGAUACUUGUUUACAAAUCUCUACGUAACGCUGCUCCUACCUACCUAUCCUCCACAAUACACAUGUCUGCCGAUGUCCUGUGUCUAUCCUCUGUCCAUAUUCUCACCUCUGAUGCUCAUGACUUCUCUAGGGCUGCACCGUUCCUAUUGAACUCAUUUACCUUCUCCGUUUGACUCUCAUCCAGUCUCCAUUCCUUAAAAAAAUAAUAGAAAAUUUACUUCUUCAGGAAGCAUAUCAAUUAAACCAUUAAUAGCUUCCCCUGCACGUUGCUCCUUGCUACUCCAACUGUCAUCCAAAAUAACAAUAUUUUUUUAAAAACACUAAGCCCUCAGUGAAAACUAUUCUAGCAACCUACUUUUCUACUCUUACCUUUUUUGUCACUUAAUUCCACUCCCUCUGGAAUGCAACAAAGCAAAAACAUAUUAACCUAUUAUCAUGCUUCUUCACUGCAAACACAGAAAUGUGACUUUCAAUGCCUAUUUCAAGAUCAUAUUUAAAUAUGUUGAAUAGAAGUAUACCCAGAACAGACCUAUGAGGGACACCGCUUACCACAUUUGUCCAGCUUAAACAUUUACCAUUAAUGACAACUCUCUGUAGUCUAUCUUUAAACAGAUGUUCUACUCAAGAAUAAGAAUUUUAAUCUAGAUCAAUUUAUUUUAGUCUGUUAGUCUGAACAUUAUAUAAGCUAAAGUUGUUAUGGUGCCUUAGACCUAAGCCUUUGAAAUAUUAUUCACCUGUGCUUUAUUUCAUGUUUAUAUACCAGGGUUCUUCAAACUCUGGCGCUGAACUACAACUCCCACAAUUCUUUGAAUUAAAUAGAUAGCCAGAGAAUCAUAGGAGUUGUAGCUUAGCAACAUCAGCAAUAUGUUUGUUGUUUUUUUUCUUAAUUUGUUUCUCUCACUUUCUUUUUGUUUAACAUAUAGUCAUGAAGGCAUAAUUGUUGAUGCCAUUUACCUACUAUUCAAUUAAUUGUGGCAUAAUUCAUAUGAGGUUCAUAUUGGACUUCAUGCAGGGAGUAAAGGGAUCCUAUAGUGCCAGGAAAACAAACCUGUUUUCCUGGCACUAUAGGGUUAAUAGGUCCCCCUAUCCCCUCUCCCAUGGUGCUGAAGGGGUUAAAACCCCUUCACCACUUACCUGAAUCCCUCAGCGCUAGGUCAGGCUCCGCCAACGCUCCUCCCCCGCUGACGUCAGACAGCAGGGAAAACCUAAUGCGCAUGCGUGGCAAUGGCCACGGGCAUUAAACCUCCCCAUAGAAAAGCAUUAUUCAAUGCUUUCCUAUGGGGAAAAUCUGACGCUGGAGGUCUGUGAGGAUGCACAGAGUCAGAUAAUGGACCAAAAGUCAGUUUGGAUUUUGGAAGCGCCCCCAUCGGCUGUCUGGCAAACAGCCACUGGGGCAGACUUAGAGCUGCAAUGUAAACAUUGCAGUUCUGUAGAACUGCAAUGUUUCACAUUGCAGCACUAAGUGCAAAAGGGAGACAUAACCCAGACCACUUUAAUGAGCUGAGGUGGUCUUGGUGCCUACAGUGUCUCAUAAGUGUUUCUAAAUCUGAAUACCUACAUGCUUUUUGAACUGAUGUACACCUUCUGAGUUUAUGAUGCAAUAUUUUGUAAAAAUGUGUAUGACUGACUGUUUUGUCAACAUUUGAUUUCAUACCAAAAAUUAAGAAUUUUUAAAGAAAAAAAAAUCUGGUACACUAGUAUGCAGCCUUGUUUACUUAAUGGGAAAAGCAUUUGGAUGAGAAUAUAAUUUGUGGUUUCACUCUCUACUAUUUCACUGCUUUUAACGUAUUUUAUAUUGAAAUUAAAAUAUUUUUACUUCCACAUCUGUAGCAUGUAUAAUCUACUCUUAUGCUAUUUGUCUUCUCCGCUGCAGAAGGGAGCUUUGGAAUUUCGGAGUAAAGGUUUCCAUUAUAGAACCUGGUGGUUUUAAAACUUCAAUUACUAAUCUAGAACGUAAUCUUCAGAAUGUGGCUGAUCUGUGGGAGAAUGCCCCUGCUACAAUCAAGGAAAGUUAUGGAGAGCAGUAUUAUCAACAAUGUAAGGUUAUUUUGUUUAGUUAAGGAAUUAUUUUUAAAAAAUGUGAAUGUCAAUCACACUGUCUAUCUAUAAUUCUCUAAUAAAUACAAAAAAAAAAUAAUAAUAAUAUAAAAUUAAUCUAAAAAAAAAAAAAAACGGGGGGCGGAGCCAGCAGCCACACAAGAUGGACACAGGAGAAGAGAGCUCCGCAAAAGCUCUCCCGAAAUCAGCUAUUACCGACCUCUUACACUGGUCUCACGGGCAUUCACCAUCGCACUAACCUUCCCAAGGCUGAUGGGGAAGCUAAAGAAAAAACAUUGGGCUGAUCCGAGCCCCGGGUCCCGAGAUAAAGGGACAUUCCUGCGGCAAAUCCGCUAGGCCCGAGCGAACUAAAAUUGCGCUGGCGGAGACCUUUACCUCGGAUUCCUCAGACAAGGAAAGCUUACCUGAAUAGCUAUCCACUUUCACAAAGGUACCCAAAGCUGCCCAAGAGCCCUCUGGGACUGGUAAAGCAGACAUCAAAACUACUUCUGGAAAUUAGGGCAAGCUGAUGUGGCAGUGGUGAGGGAAGAGGUGGCCACGCUUACCAACAGGAUUGCCAUCACUGAAGCUGACAUGGGAACUGUGAGAGUGGCAGAGUCGGCCACAGAUGCAGCCCUACACACAGUGCAAAAGAGCAAUGCUGCUGUACUCAAUCGAUUGACUAUCCUGGAAGACAAGACCAGGGCGAGAAAUGUGAGAUUCAGGGGGAUCUCUGAGACCGUCAACACCAAAGAAUUACCUUCUUAUAUCAGGCGACUCAUAACCACGCUACUACCACCAAAACAGGUGAAACCGGGACUAUGACAAGGGGAUCAUAUGGGCAACCAGGAGCACACCUUCUGUGAGUUACGAGGACCACCAGCUAACCUUUUAUCAGGACUGUGACGAACGCCCCUCUGACUGGACAUUUGCUACGGGCUCCUGGAAGAGUGUGGACGCUAGCCUCCUGCCCACUGACUAUGGGCCAUAUACAAAGACUCUGUUUGGGACUUAAAUCUCCCCAACCACCAUUAGUGGCUUGCCCUGGGUGUCCCUGGUUUGGCACUUUCCGGAGCUAGAAAAAUACCCACCUGUCCAGGCAUCCCCAAGCCAACCCAUUGGGGUCUAAGCGGGUAUGCUGCCCUAUGGGACUGGGGGGGAGCUAUGUGACAAAAACCCUAUUUUGCCUUCCCAGGAACCAUUUAAACUUUGUUUUUAUGUUACCAAAGUGGACCCACCGCUAGCCCUGAUUUAAUGGAACUGUUAUGGGCAUAGGAUUAUGUGCGCGGUCGGUCAAAUAAUUGACUUCCAUCGAAAUCCUGAAUCGACCUGGGUGAUUUUUGGAUAUGUAAGUCACCCAGAUCGGGGCUAUCAGGGGAUGUAACUUUUGUGGGGUUUUUAUGUAUUUUUGAGAUACUUUUGGGGUGUUUGUAAAUUGAAUGUUUUUCUGUGCCUGAUAUAAUUGAGUUUGUACAGUUCCUGACUCAAUUAUCUCCCAGACACAGGGGAGGGAUUACCCUAUUUUGUGUGGGAGUGUCAUGGGUGUGUUUUCUGUGUCCUUGUACUGCAUAAAAGCAGGCCAUUGAGCCUGGAUUAAACAGAUCAUCUUAUCCCUUUAUGACGUCUAGGCUCAUGUUUGGGGCAUUUGGAGCUAUAUUUACACUUAUAAAAACUAGGGCACUUGUGACUUGGGAGAUUCUUCACGGAUGUACUCAGCUGGAGUACUGGGAUCCGUUACAGGGACUUAUCUUGCCACACCAUCAUUUGGAGGCAGUCACUCCAGCAACUCACCCAACUACUUCGGGAUCACAAGGUGCCAUACAAAUGGGGGAUGCACAGGCUCCUCGUAGAGAAAGGUGGCAAGACCCACUCCCUCACUCACCUCUCAGAAGCAGCUUCCUUACUCCAUGAGUUGGGACUACCAGACGGAUCUCUAUCUGCAGCGCUCCGACUGAUGUGGUCAGACCGGAUAACACCAUUUAUACCAGGAGCUGCGGCUUCAACAUCUAGCAACGCACCAACCUGAAGAGUGGAACCGCUCUUGAUUUGAACUGCCUGCUCAUGAUAAGUGCACACAGUUCUGUCAUUACACCAUUUGGUUUAAUUUUUUGUUCUAUAACCAGUGAUUAUCUAUUUUAUUAUUACUGUUUCAUUUACUUAUUUUUAGUUUUCAUAUUGUUUCUGGCUCCAAGCUGACGUAGAAUUUGAUAUCACUAGCGUCUUUCUUCCCUACUUAAAACCCAGCUGACAGACGAUAACCUUUUCAUAUACAUAAUGUCUAUUUUUAUCUGACAAUUACUACCUCCGUAUAUCCCCCUAGUUACAGCUGACCAAUACUUAGGCGAAUGGAAUCACUCAUAUAGUAUCACGUGUGACAGUCCUGCUUUUUGUUUGGACACUUGGAGAAUCUCCAGGCCACGCGCACACAUGAUACAUCAGAUGACGGGUUCCAGUAUACUUUUUAUUAUAGUGUUUCUCCUUUUAAAAUUAUAAAAUGUGCUGUAAGCUUUUGACAUGAUCCAUUUCUCUUUCUGUGAAACAUUGACGAACCUGCUGACACGUCUUCAUCACUAUGUACACCAAAUGAAGCACAACGAAAAUAAAGAAUGAAAUUUUUUUUUAAAAAAAGAGCAAGUCAAUAUCAUCUAUAAUCUACCUUUAGGCAACUCAACCAUAAAAUAUAUCAAAUCUUUCACCAGGUUUUAAAAAGCAGACACGUGUGCUGGCAAUAUCAUAUAAGCAUUAUCAUAAACUGUAUGUUGUGAUUGCUACACGAUAGAUAUAAUAGUGGAUUACAGUCCAAUAUGUUUGUUUCAGUUUGAAAAUAAUUGGGGAUAUAAUGAGGACUGUGGGGCAGUAUGGUCUUCUGCUUUGGCGUGAACUAAAUAUUCUGGAUCUGCUGGUGGAUAGCCUGGAAGGGAGCUGUAGAUUACACCAUUUAAUAAAACCUAUUACCAUGCUUUGUAAAAGGAGACCUGCUACAUAUGAACUCUCUAUCAGCUAAGUUAACUGUUGCAUACAGUUGGUAUAUUUUUAUGUGGUCUUUUAUCUCUUUUGUGAAAGUUUUUUUUAUUUUUUUGCCAGAAUUAUUGUUUCAAAUGACUGGAGUGGUCAUGGAGUGUGGAGUAAACCUUUAAAGUUUAAAAAAAAACUAACCAUUACAAUGUUGUUUAUUCACUUUAAACAUCUCCACAUCUAGUAAAUACAGAUUUCUUUAUCCUAGUAACCUUAAAACAGGAUCUGAAAUAAAGAACAUCAGUACAAUGAACUGUUUAAUUUUGUUUUUUUGGACAGAUAUCAAGAACGUGAAAAAUGUGUGUGGAAAAAUUAGCCCAAAGUUGCAUGAGGUCAUAAACUGUAUGGAACACGCUCUGACUGCUGUCCAUCCCUGGACACGAUACUCUGCUGGCUGGGAUUGCAAACUCUAUCACAUCCCCAUGUCAUAUCUCCCAACUGUUGUUUCUGAUUAUGUGCUUUGUCUCUCAGCACCAAAGCCAGCUUGCCAGUAACUGGAUAUGGUUUCGUGGAAGAGACCACUUUUUAUAGAAAAUGUUUGUUUACGUAUAUUUGCAUCAAUGUUUCUUAACAAUUUUUUUUUUUAUUUAAACCAUAUUUCAAUAUUACAUUAGCACAGUGACCUAUUCAUGAUUUGGAAAAUUAGCUUAUAUAAUAAACAUUAAAAUGUAUAUUUUUGUUUGAUCCGUGUUGCACAAACCAAAGACAUCAUCCAACUCAAACUAUUCUUCUGAUGUGUGUUAUUUUGGUUAUUGUGUAUUCUAACCCCUUCAGGACCGGACUGUUUUGGCCAUGUUGUACGUUAAGGACCAGAGCUGUUUUAACACUUUUGUGGUGUUUGUGUUUAGCUGUAAUUUUCCACUCUCUCAUUUACUGUUCCCAUACAAAUUAUAUAUUUUUUUGGGGGGGGACAAAAAUGGCUUCUUU